UCUCCGUGUUGGGGAGAUUCGGCGGGCGGUUGAACCCACGACCAGAUCCCCGGUGGAGAUGACUUGAACAGCGGGUGGCUAGACCGCCUCCACCCGCUUAAUACUUUUAUCGCCCAAAAAAUAAAAAUAUAAAUGACAGAAGACUCAAUAUGCUCUCCCGGGACAACUUUGGGUUGUUUUACACCAGCUCAGAGUUAGUAAACCGCUGAGUGGAGAAGGAAAAUCGUUCAAGUAUCAUGGCAAACGUUAAAGUUGCGGUUCGAGUCCGUCCUCUGAGCGCGAGGUAAGCUUAAAGCUAAUUUAACACUUUAAUAAACGAACAUAAACGGAGUUACUUUGUUAAACUGCCUCCAUUGUUUCUGUCACUACUGUUGUCGCUGCCAUUGUUCAGUCACUGCUGCUUGUUGUUUUUUCGUCAACACUGACACAUCGCUUGUUCACCUUUUUGUAUUCACGUUCAUGUAUUUUUGCCAUCUGUAAAGUCAAAAAGAGGAACAUUAAGCUAAGCUAGCAAGUUAGCUUUAGUCGGAUAAAGUGCUUGAGUUGGUGCACAUGGGUUUAGUGACAACUGUGGCUGUCAGUAAUGUUGUCUGACUAAGCACCUUGUGUGCAGAACAACUGUCUGUUGAGUAAUGUAAAAAACCGAGCAAGGCUGUGUUAACACUACAAAGCAGUUAGCAUGAGGUACAACAAUUAACAUUUAAGCAAACAAAGUGUGUGUCUACCCCAGUCACUUAAAGCUCCUGUAUGAGAUUUUGAACUGGAUUUGAAAUGCACUGAAACUAAUGUUGAUGCCUCAGAAAAUGCUUCAACAUCUGCAGUGCAAAAUCCGCAACGAUAUAAUAGGUAUCAAUGUUAAAGGGACGCGAAAUUGACAACAGUCAUAAGUUCUCUACGGGAGCUUUAACCCUCCUAUUAUUCAAUGUUUAUCAUUUAAAAAAUAAUAGUUGACUUUUGUUUUUGUGCUUCAUAUUUCAUGACUUUUCCUAAUUUGAUGGGGACAACUGAUUUAGCACACUUACUGCACGGUGUUCCUGUGGGGUCAAUUUGACCCCAAGCUGUUUUGGCUGUGUAAAACUUGACUGUCUCUGUGUGUGACCCAACAUCCCCAUACCUACAGGUGCAGACUUGAUACGUUUGAGUUGAUAACAUAACAGGGAGGUGGGAAAAAACAGCUAUUCCCUCCAGGAAAGGUCAUAUCAUCACUAACACUAGUAGGGUUCAUUCUCAGCCAAUUAGAGAAGAUUUGUAUGAAAAUUUUUCAAGAUACAUUAAUUCUACUUUAAAAGUUUGGCCUAUUGGUGGCGCUAGAGAACAGGUCAAAUUGUUGAUAGGUUUCAUUCUUGAGGAGUUAUUUAUGUACUCAACAAAUAAACAAAGUGCCUGACAAAAAAUCUUGGUCAACAAUUGCAUGUAAAUCAUUUUCUGAGGGCAAAUAUACCUGGGGUCAGAUUGACCUCAAAGGUAAAAUGUUUUAGUAAUAUUUGAGGAUAAUAGGAGGGUUAAUGUCAUGGAUUUCAAACAACCAAGAAUUUCUGAGCAGUGCUUGAAUGAUCGUCUCAAUAUUUCAAGAAAAAACUUGCUCUGUAUACCUUUAUGAUAAUUUUUUGUGUUUCUUCACAAAACUGUUUCGGUCAGUUUCUCAGCCUCUCAGGUGUGGUCACCUGCUGCUUUUGUGUUUUAAUUUAAUAGUUAAACAAAUAUUUAUGUUGAGUUGUUAAGGCAGAACACGCCAUUUGAAAAUGUGAACUUGUUUUUCACCCGGGAAAGAAAUGUGUACUUAUGCUACAGUGCCACAAUGAUCUUGUGCCACGUCAUGUCAGAUCAAUACCACUCUUCUGUAUCAGUUUAUUCUUGCUGUUAUUAAAUAUUUACACUUAAUUUUAGUUUAAUGAAAUACACCCUGUUUAAUUUGCCACCCAUGCCACGUCAACCAGAGGCGUUGUGGAUAAAAAAAAAUACCUGUAAUCAUCACUUUUUCGGUGAUCACCUAGCUGUGUUAAAUACUUGAUCCUGAUUGGUCAAAACCCCUUGACAACAGUCUUUAAUUCUGGGUAGCAACAGAGCAAGAAAACAUGAGAAAAAGUGGUAAAACAGUGCAGAAGCUACCUAGAGAUGUUAAAACAGACAAGGUGCCAACAAGUCAAAGACAUGUCAACCACAACACGUUAUUAGCUUUGGCGUGUCAGAGGACAGAUUGAGAGGGCGGAUAAUUUAGAUAGAAAGUUAUAUGGAAGAGGGCAGAUAUACUGGUGCUUCAUUUCCUAGCAUUUAAACAGUAAAAAGAAGAUUAAGUCAACUAAUACUGUUCAUUCUUUGUGUGCUUCAGUUUUUGUUUGUUUGACAAGUUAUCAGCUCCACCAGCAUUAUUUUUUUCAAGCAGUUUUGAGUGAUUAAAUGAAAAAAUAAAAAGGCUUAAUCCUCUUUAACUCAUUUCAGGAGAACUAUUUGCUUUGUUAAGUGGAGGGCAUUCAUAGAAAAUAGUUUUCCCUCCAGUUUUACACUGCAGUGAAUUCUGCUGUUUAAGUAGCAAAGCAACACAAGGAGGGUUGUUGAGUUGCUUUGCUCUCCCUGUACAUUAACAGGCAGAUUGCUUCAACAUGUUAAGUUACAGCUCCUAAGGAACUGAGGAUAUAGUAGGUAUGAACUCUGGAGUAGUGCAUUGAAUUAUUUUCACCCUCUGCAGUGUGUUUUGUAGGGGUACUUCAUGUGAAAGCCACUACAGCCCCAUAACAAAGCAUUAUUCAGGCCAUGAAGGGCUGGACAAUGAUUCUUUCACCCUGUCUUCCUGGUGGUUUGCAUAACAAAAGAAUUUCUUAUACAUAAUGUUCACUGUCAUGCAAAUCUCUGCUUCCUGAUUUGUGCAUCUGUCACUGUAACCGUCCUCUGCUCUUGUCUUGAGAUACAUUUCCUUACUUCUCUAUUAGAGUAACAUCAUGCUGAGAUAACAUUAACACCAGCCUGGUUAACUGCAUUCCUCCUGUGGUGUGUUCCUCUUUGUUUUUGCUCACCGAUAAGAUUCAUCUGCCCCCUUUACAAUUAAAGCAGCCCCCCAUAUGUGCAGUAAACAUGCCAACACAGUUGUGUAAUUGCUCAUCUUAGGUUUGUAUCAAAACACUUUUUUUUUUUACAAGCCGUACUAUUUUUCCAACCUCAGACCUCCUCUCUUUCAUGCUAGUUUGAGCCUGAGAUUGAAGGUUAGUGGUUUUGGGUUGGGCCACUGCUGGAGUUGGCAAAAUGAGUCCCGCGUGGUGGAACACAGGGAGAGCUUGCGAUUACAACAGCCUCACCGUCUGCCCCCAAUCCACCACGGCGGCACAGCAAGGAGCUCGCUCUGCAGGCGGCAGCAAUAUUUGCCGUCAUUAUCGCUCCUGGAGAUCGAAAUUCUCUCAGCUCUGUGUUGUGAUUGCCUCCAGUUUCGCAUGUGUUGCAUCAGAUGUGCUCGGUCCAGCUGCUGGAGCUCACAUAGCCGCGCUGACCUUGUUUUACACACACAGACACACACUGGUUCCGAUAACAUGUGCACACACACAUUUGACUUGUGGGUGCUCUUGUGGAGACAGCCCAGGCUGCAUCAUCAGAGGAAGUCUCUGGGGGUGUGUGGGGGCCUGUUUUCAUUUGAAUCUGAAACUAGCAAGGAUUUCAUGGAUCUCACACACACAAACGCAUUCAUUGUAUGAGCUGUCAUGUGAUGGCCUCAAGUCAAGUGGAACUGGUUUAAAUGUAUUUGGACACUCGCUCAAAUUAGAUCUGCAUGAGGAAAAAAAGAGGAUUUAAACCCAUUUAGAGUUGAAACCCUUGUCAAAUCUCUGUCUGGUUUGUAUCUGGAGGGGACACUGACUGAACCUGAUUUGGCCUCUUAGCUCUGCUUUACUUUAUUCAACAUGUGUUAAAGGGAUAUUCCCGCAUAAAUUAGUAUAGGGUCAAACACACCAUAACACAGAGUUAGACACCCCCUUGCGAGAUGGAUGUUGCCGACUGCCUGCUUCUCAAGUUAUACCAACUUAGUGACGGCCGCACGAUAGCAAUAUACAGAGGUCUGAGGAGCCAUAAACAAACCUCAACCAAAACGCCACAAUGUGAACAGCCACAAAUAAUGCUCAGAACAGCACCUAACUUCAUCAGCAGUACAUAUAGGGUCACAGACAUAGUACUAGCCACCAAACAUCUUUUUAACUUUGACUCAUUUCUUUAACAAAAAGACUAAACACAACUCACCUACUCUCUUCCAGCAGCCGCUUGUUUGUAACGAGACCUCAGUCAGUCCAUUAUGGACAGGUGCUGGGGGUACGCAGUUCAAGGAAGAACAUGUAUGAGUAUUUCCUCAUGUAAAUGCAAUCAGACCGAGAUGCUAAGGCAGAAGAACUAUCGCGUCUGCAGUGCAAAAUGAUUAAUAUGGUGAUUAUUACUUCAAGGAAAUGAUAAAGAAAUGAUCAUAAAUGUUCUUCCUUGAGCUGCGUCACCCCGCUGUAGUCCGUAAUGGACUGGCCUGAGGUCUCGCCACAAACAAGCGGCUGCUGGAAGAGAGUAGGUGAGUUGUGUUUAGUCUCUUUGCUGAAGGAAUAAGGCAAAGUUAAAAAGAUGUUUGGUGGCUAGUGCUGUGUCUGUGACCCUAUAUGUCCUGUUAAUGAAGUUAGGUGCUGUUCUGAGCAUAUGUGGUUAUAGAGUGCGGUCAUUACUAAAGUUGGUAAAACUAGAGAAGUAAGCGUUUGUCAACAUUCAUCCCUCAAGGGGGUGUCUAACUCAGUAAUAGGGUGUGUUUGACCCUAAAUUAAUUUUACGCCAGAAUAUCCUUUUAAUGUUAAAGAUGGAUGUUUACUGAGCAGUUCUUCUUUUCUUACAGGGAGAGCAUGGAUGGAGGGAGGCUGGCAGUGCAGGUGGAGGACAAGUUUGUGAAGAUCCGAAAUGUGAAGGUGAGUAUUGAGUGAAAAAUUGUCUCAACUGUCAAACAGAACUGAUCCAUGUUUGCAAACUGGUGUGUCUACUUUUAGUAGAACUGGAGGAAUUGAGGCUUUUUUUUAUCACGGCAGCAGGAUGUUUACAGCAUUGGGUCAGCCUGUUACUGCUGUUUAUUGUAUGUGUCGAACUCACACACAUACACCCAUGCACACACACACUCACUCAGAUGAGAGACCCUUCCUGCCAAACACGUGCACUAUGAAACUCUGCACACCAAUAAACAGCCACACUACUACAGAUGACUUCAUGUACUGCGAGAGACUAUGUUGCCUGGAAAAGCUUCCAGAAAAUAAACUCGGGCAAAUGAGACACUGUACACAAACAUGGGUUCAAUUAGAUAUUUGUGAAAGCGGGUCUUGCUCCAGGCUGUCCAUAAAAUGGUCCGGAUUGCAAGAUGAGACAAAUGUUUCUAACUUUGUUUUGAAUAGAAGCCUCUAAAAACAGAUUUUAAUGGUCUACAAUUCAUUUACUGUGUGUAUUAAAGUGAUGGCAGUACAAAGAAAACCUUUCAAAUACUGAAAAUGAAAAAUGUUCUUGUUUUAUGCUCAUCUGAAAUGUGAUGCCAGCAACAUGUUACGAAGAACUUGAGACGGGGGCAUGUUCACUGUAGUGUUGUAACACCUCUUCUUUUAACAACCCUCUAUAAACAUUCGGGAACCAAGGAGACCAGUUUCUUGAGUUUUGAAAGUGAAACGUUGUCCCAUUCCCGCCUAGCAUCAGAUUUCAGCCACUCAGCCGUCUGAGGUAUCUUUUUAUUGUCGUUUUGUUUUAUGAUCUACCAAACGUUUUCAAUAGGUGUCAAGUCAGGCCUUCAGGCAGGUCAGUUUAGACUCCUGGAUUCUGCUGGUAUGGAGCCAUGCUGUUGUAAUACAUGCAGAAUGUGGUUUGGCAUCCUCUUAUUGUAGUUCUAGGUCACCUCUUAUAAAGACAUAUAUUACCCUAAAACCUGUAUGCAUUGUUCAGCAUGAAUGGUGUCUAAACUACCCAUGCCAUGGACACUCUUGUUGUGCACAUGCUGGCUCUUCAUGUGCACAUAUCAAUCAAUCAGUCAGUCUUUAUUUUUAAAGCACUUUUCAUACAAAAACGAUGUAGCACAAAGUAGAAAAACCCUAAUCUACUCCAACCCAACCCCUCAUUCCCACCCGGCAAUCUAAGCGCAAUAGAAACAUGUAUUAAAAUGCAUGAAUUGAAAGAGGGCUGGACUUCAUAUAAACAGGAAUGUACGCACUGAGUAAACGCCACUUAAAAUUCAAGAUAAGGAAACACUGGAGUUUUAAGAUCUAAAAACAAAGUAACAUAAAUUAAAAUGUAAGACAUAAUAAACAAAAUGAAAUAAAAACAACAGCAAAGGAUACUACAAUAAGAGCACCAAAACAGCUCAAUAAAAGACGAUCCUGUCAUUAAAACUAGAAGAGAUAAAUGCUAAAACACUUAAACAAAUUAAUGAUAUAACAUGUAGUGAAAACCAAGACUAAAAAGGAAUGUUUUCAGUUUGUUUUUAAAAUCAUUAAGAUUAGGUGCAGUCCUCAGGUCCUCAGGUAUAACAAACAGGUGGUCCCUUUUUUUUCUUAGAACAGUGGGGGUCCAUGAUUUUCAAAGAAAAUAUCAAAUUUACAGGUCAGACCACAGGACAGCUUUCCACUUCAGUCCAGAUCAAAAGGGCUCAGGCCUAGAGAGGACACCAGUAUUUCUGAAUCAUGUUUAUAUAUAGGUUACUCUUUUCUUAGUACAGAUUUAUCUUUUGGCUUUUUGUUUUUAUUUGCAGAUAAAAGGACAGUGGAUAGAGAAGGGUUCAGGGGCAGAGUGGGCAGUGAUGCACAGAAGAGGAGCUUCAGGUUGGACUCCAACCUGGGCUGUCUGUGUGAGGAUUAUUAUCUCUGUAUAUGGGGUGCACAAGCAGACCUGCAAGGACAGCAGUGUCUCCGUCUGGUACACUUUAAACCUGUAUUUGAGGAUGCAGCAACGAAUUGUGGUUCUUGAGGGUAGUUGAAAACGCUUUUCUGGUCUGAGUUUGAUCAGUCGGUUUUCCUGUCAGCGUGAAGAGCAGUAACCUCCAGUAUAUCUACAGUAUAUGAUACACUGUAGAUAUCUACAGUAUAUAUGUAUUUUUUUUAUAACUUUAUAAAAAUUUAAAAAAAUCGUCCGAUUAAUCAGAAAUCUGAUUUUUUUCCCCCCUGGUAAUUGGCAUCGGCCCCAAAAAAUCCAUAUCACUCAGGCCCUAAUUAAUACACAUUUAAAAUGAGUAUAUUUUUACAAAACAAAGCUAUUUUUCAGCUUCUACAUUGGAAACGUUGUUUUUAUAGUGUUUUCAAUUAUGCUUUUAAUCCAUCAAAAUCCACACGUCUAGCCCUCUUGGAGUUGGGUUGGAACUGAAAUGGAUAUCUUUUUUAUCCGAGUUAUUAAUUUAGGUUUCCACAAGGUUCUGCACAUUUGGGAAUAAUUACAAUGUAAGCCGACACUUGCACUAACCUGCUGUGUCAGAUGGUUUAGAAGACUCGUGUGAUUGGUUGAGCUCCAUUGCCUGCAGACAGACCGCCUGGUGCUGGUUCUACUGUGUCGGUGUGGAGCAUGUGACACCAUGUUUUCCCUCGAGAAUGUUUGCUCAAGCUUUUAAAGACGUGAUAGAGCUUGGUUGGUCUAUCUGAUGGGUGUAGCUUUUAGAUGAAAAAGACGUUUGAGGAGUAUUUAUCGAAAUGUUCAUCUCAAAUGUUUACAAGUAAUCCAAAUGUACAAACACAUCAAAGGAGCUCAGCAGCUCAGAUGAAAUUUCAAACCUCACAUUUCCCUACAACUCAAUCACACAUAUAAAUAUCUCCAUCCUGAAAAUGUCGAUCAAAUUGGCGGCUAAGAAUCGCCCCUCGUUGUUUACACUUGGAGUUUUGAACGCUGAUGUACGAGAGAGAUGUUGGGUGGGGGAGGAGAGAAUCUGUUACAAAUAAUGUGACAGAGACGAAGCACAUAUGGCCUCCCUCUGCAUGGAAAAGACUCAAGACUCCACGGUUGCUGUGGGUCUCCUGGGAAUGAUUAUUUAUGGAAAGUGGGACAGUUUUUGAGGAUCUGAGAUAGAAAGAAAAAAGGGUGGAUUUUAAGGGACAGUAAACGCGUGGCUAACAAACGAACAACGGGAAGUGGUCGCUACGAAGAGCUACUGAACUUAAUUAAAAAGUGUAAAAAAGAAGAUGGUGUCAUUUUUCUCUUGUUCGCCCUGAUCAGAGGUUGAAGGGCUGUUGGCUGGUGCUGGUUUUGGCUAAUCCCUUACACUAUAAGGCCCAUUGUUGGACUUCCUAAAAGUGCUGAAGGGUUAAACAUUCAUGCAUUCAGUGAAGCCAAUUGCUGUGAACAAAAUUUAAACCGUGAGCUUAGUGUUGCUUAACGCCUCAGUCAGAGCAAGGAGAGGUUUUGUUGUUGUGAUGUAAUUUAAUAUAUUCCUCUUUGAGACAUUGACUCACAGACUGAAGUUCACUCUGGCUAAAGGACCCUCUCCUAAAUCUAUGGUACAUAAAAAUCUGACACAUAAGUCAAGAAAAAGGAGACAGGCUUUGUUUCAGUCUUUCAAAUGACGGGAAACUGCACAACAAGUCAUAUUACACAGUCAGCACUAAGACAACCCCAAUUCAAGACAGGAUGUGAUGGUUUGAUUGUGUUAAUAAUAUAUGGUUUGGUCUCUGCAUGGUUUAUUUUUAACCUGCAUUUAUGGACGCAAACUUUGAUCACCAAGUGAUUUUGAGCCCAUGCAGAGAUUUCCACCACAGAGACUGACAGAUCUGUUUUAAUGCACUUCUGCCUGAGGGUCUGAAGAUCACAGCUAUCCAGCAAACUGAUGUCUAAAUACUAGGGCUGUAAUCAAACCAAAGAAAUUCCUGGUCAACUAAAACCCUGAAAUUUUCAACCCAAAAUCAACUAAUGGGGGAUUUUUAAGGUGGCCAUAUGUCCUUUUUGACCUGGACAUGUCCUCUUUUCUGGGGGGCUGUCAGGGUUUGCCUGGCCUUGUCCGGGGAAGUUUAGAAGAUCCUUCAAAUGUCCGUGGUUUUGUACGUAAGUUUUGAUUUUGUGUCACGUGGACUUAAUGAGUUGGAAGCGUGUAAAAGACACUCGAAGGCAAACCCUUCUGUGGUGGAGGACGACGCGGCUCGGCGGGGUGAAAAUAUACUAAAAGCAGCACAAGAGGGCAAUUAAACACAAAAGUCUAAAAUAUGAAUAUUCAGUAAACCAUGGGACAUUGAAUAACGUGGAUGCUCUUCAAUCUUCCUUUCUCCAGCCGGGCUUCAGUGGGUUGGGUGAAUCCAAAAUGGUGACAACAGGGGGUGUGUUCUGAGACAGGCUGGUACCUGUGAAAAGCGGGUGCUUUGAAAACACCCCCAUUAGCACUUGGUACGUUCCUCCUGAUGAAAUUAAACAUAGACUGUAAAUCGACGCGGAAAAAAAUUGAGUCGACUGAUCAGAAUUUUGGUCGACUCAGCGCGUAUCGACCAAUAAGUCGUCCAGUCGACUAGGACUUUACAACCCUACUGACUUUACACCUUAAAUCAUUCCCUAUAUUUGCAAAUGAAUGAACUGACUUAGAGCUCCUGCAGACAGACAGACAGACAGUGUAUUAGAAUACAUCAAACAUCAGAGUGGAAAGAUCAGUCUCAGGUCCUUUCAAUGAAAACAGUCCAGCACUGCAGGGCUCAGCGCAGUGAUUUAGAAGAGCCGUCCUGCUCAUUUACUAUUUACAGGUGCAGACGUUGUGCCUGGACAAGUCCAAACACUGCUGCUCAGGAUCCACUCGGUAAGCAGAAAACUGUUCAAUGUCGACGCAGUGAGGCGUCCAGAGAGCUGGAGGAGCAGUGAAUGCAUCGCUGAUGAAUGGAAAAAGCUUGCUUGCAAUUUCACACUGCAGCAGUCACAUAAACAAAAGCUGUAGUACCUGGCUCUGCUGUAUUUUUUUGUUGACAGCUGUUUGUUAUUUUAUAUAAGCUUGUAUUGUCUUAAUGUUGUAUUAUACAAGAGGUAUUAUACGACUUGUCUUCAGGCUUUUUUUCUUUAUUUCUUUCCGUCUUUAUGUACUAUCAUGACCGGGCUUUUCUCCUCUGUUUUCUCCCUAAAGCUGGACGGGCGCGCUGACAGUGCUGUGGAUUCGAGGGAGAAGCUUCUGGAGUUUUGUUUUGACUACUGCUACUGGUCGGUGGACCCUGCAGACCCUCACUAUGCCUCACAGGAGGAGGUAACGAACUGACUCUCUUUCACACAAACUGAAAUAUCCAGUCAUUAAAGCAUAAUUUGGCUUUCUGAGCGAACUGUUGAAGAAUCCCACGAUUUGGUGACAACAUCAGAGUUGAUAUCUUGUAUUUAGACUUUCUCUCUGAUGUUGCUGCUGUGAUUCAAACUUGUGGUAAUCUUAAAGGAAGCUGAGAGUGCUUUGAGUGAUGAUUUUACAGAUACGCACAAGGGUAGAUUAGGAAAAGGCCAACACCAAGAGGGUUCUCCUGGUAGAAAUAAUGAGCUCACUAUCUUUUUAAAUCAGUGAGAGCUUGUCUUACAUAAUGGAGUGUUGCAGAAGCUCUUACUACAGCUUGUAAAUGUGAGUUUUUUUUCCUUCAACUUACCGACAUGUUUGUCUAGUUUUAAUGCCAUGUUGUACCCUCCCUGUAAAUACACACCCAUGGAGACCAAGCGCGUGCCAACCAGGACUCGUGUCUCAAGUUGACGCUAGGCAAAAGCACAAACUGCACCAAACAAAGAGCCCAGAGGAAACGAUGUGUCCUUUUAGUCAAACCACAACAAGAGGGUGUGUGUGUGUUGUGUUGUGCUGUAUGUUUUUACACAGAUGGCCACUCAAGGGAUAUGAUAUCAGCUCCAUCUGUUACCCAGAAGUCUCUUUGCCUCAGACAUGGCAUGGCCAAAGUCAGCUCGCUUUUCAUGUCUGCACUUUGAUUGGCUGAUUAGAUAUCUUUGUGCCGCUUUGAUUGGAGGGUGUUGCUGGAACCUGAAACGGUCCUCAGAACAAGAGGAAGUUGCGCAUAACUCUGCUCCAGGAAACCUUUUCAUUCGAGUCUCUUUUUAUAGUAAAGUUUGGUUAUCAGUCAGUAGAUUGAGUUUCAUGAUUUCCAACAGUAGAUCAUGCAGCUGUAGUUUUUCACUAACUUGUGCUCUUCUUUACUUGAAGGAGUCCUCUCCUCUGCUACUCCCUCGCUGCCUGUUUCUGCUCCUGUCAGAGCGGCCUUUGUAUGCGCGGCUGUAACGACAGCCCACACAUUCAGCAGAGCAGCAGACAACACAACACUUAUUCCUUUUUUCCUGUUUUCUCCCUCCUCUCUCGGGCCCUGGACAGCACUAUCCUCAGCAGAAUUGUGUCCAGUCACAGCAGCCUUGUUGCCACAAGACAUUCCUCUGUCGACCCGUGGUGGGCGAAAAGGACACCAACGAAGGACAGAGCUGCUGGAUUUAAAUCUGACCUCUUUUUUCCUGCCCCAGAAUCCAGAGAAUUGUCUCUUUAACAAAGAAGCUUCAGUUGACCACGUCAGCUGCUUUCUGAUCACAUCACAGUUUGAAAUAUUGGAAUAAGAGUUUUGUUGUUGGGUUUUAAGACACAGUUUCUGAUGUACAAAGCAGAAAAGACAUGUAUGUGUCGUUGAGCAGUGUAGAUUGAUGGCUGGUGGACUUUUCAAGAGUCACUCUGAACUAUUUCACCAGAAAAAAAAAGCUUUCAAGAUCAGUGAAGAGCCUGUCAAAGUGGUCGGUUGAGUAAAUUUGUUAAACCACGACCAAAAUUUUGUUUUGGGACCGCGCUGCUGUGCUGCCCCAUUUCACUAAGUGCUCUUUAAGUAAUUGCUCUUAAGUGAGGGAAUGCACUUAGCCGCAGCUCUCUUGUUCCAACCAUCUAUGAUUUUUAAACACAUUAAUGAGCUGAUGCAGUUUUUGGAGGAGGGUUUUCCCAUGGUUUCAAAAUAUUUUGUCAGAUCAGAAAGAGGGACUUUCUUCUGAUUAGUCUUGUACUCUGUUCCCAACGGGACAAUCUGAGGCUGUGGUAGAAGGAAAAGAGGGGAAAGAGGAUCCCAUCUCCGGCUUUUUCAGUCCAGCACUGUCCACCACACCCUUUGCCCCUCAGAAACCAAGAUUCCCAGCCCUUGUUACCUCCCUCUCCCCAGCCUUUCACUGCACCAUCCAUAUCCAUGCUUCAUUAAUAGUUAGCCUCAGACACACGUGGGGUCUCUGUCUCCUGUUAAAAGAGAGAGAAGACUGAAACAUGGUAUCUUAACUUAUUUGUAAUGCUUUCCUUUUUGUUGCUAAUGUCGACCCACAAGGAAAAUGUUUAUCUAACUGGAUGAUUUUUGAGCUUCUCUUAAAAAAAACUUUGUAAAAUAAGUCAGGAGAGUUGCUCUCUCAGGUGGGAAAACAGGGGUUUUCAAAGAGAACCAUUUUCCAUAAUGGGAACCAGCUGUGGAGUUAAUACAGGCAACCAAGGGAGUGUUUGUUUAAAUGCUGCCUUUGUUUUUUUUACUCAGAUAUUGAACAAACGAACAGCUUUUUUUCCACAUAGUCCGUUCAUUUUUUGAUUGUUUCUGACGAUGAGAAUCAUGGGAAAGGAAGGUAAAAAAGCAGCAGAGGCGAGAGAAACUGAUUCGAGACGAGGAGAAAGUGGGGAUGUGCAUUCUUGAGUAACGAGAGGAGGAGGGGUGAACAGGAGGGGGAAAUGGGUAGGGGGUCCGCUGUGCCUCUUCAGCCCCCAGCUCUCGCCUGCCAAACUCACAGCUGCCUCACUAAGUCAUUUUUCGCAGUUAAAUAUCAGGCCAAAGACGUCACAGCAGCAGAGCAUUCAUAUCAGAGCACAAUGCUGUUUUUUAAUCACCCAAAGGAGUCGACUCGCCGGGGUUUUCCCCCUCCCUUCUCCUCCUCCUCCUCCUCCUCUUCUUCUCUGCGCUGAUGCAGUUUGUGAUCUCAGUGUUUCUAGGUCUCUGUGUCAGUGGUGCAGCAGACAGGGGGAAAAGAAUGGCUUCUCUGUGCAUGAGAAGAAUCCUCCUCUCGCACACACGUGAGCAUUUCUCUCCCCCUUUACAGUCCAGUCGAGUUCAGUUCAGCCUGGUUUGAAUUAACUCCAAACAGGACGCUAAAUAAAUCUCAGGCUGUCUACAAAGAAAGAUGAGAUCUACGCCAUAUGGAGACCGAAAGAGCACCUGUGAUUUAUGCAUAAACGUGCUGUUCCCCGUUAUUAAUAAAGGCAGAGGAUAAGAGGGGCAAGGACAAGAGGGAAUGGAAGUUGUUAGAAAGUUGUUAGAAAGCCGUGAAGUGAGAUGUGAUGCUAAUUGACCGAUUGAUAAAGAUCCAAACACUUUGGUGGAAACUUUUCUACUCAUUUCUUUUGUACCAAAGCAGAUCAUUACCUACCAGUAAUUUCUGGAUUAAUCUGUUUCUUUUUUUAAAAUAUUAAAACUGAGUGGAAACAUUUCUGUUGUUAAUAUUACCACUGCUAUUCAUACAAUUCAUAAAGAAAUGUGAUAGUUGGCUUUGUUUUAGAUGAAAUCUAAAUUGUCUUUGCUCUCAGUUUAAAGAAACCUCUUUCUGGUUUGUGUUGAAGUUCUUAUGAUAUAAUCUAGAUACCGUGUGCAAUAGGAUACAGGUUCUGACUUAAAGAUAUCUUGAAGAUAGAGUGACUCAGGGUCAGAGAAUGUUAACAGCUUAUUCACUGCCAAAUGGUAACACCUGGGUAUCUUGAUUUAGGCCUAGUCCACAUGUAGGUAGGGCUGGGCGAUAUGGGAAAAAGUAAAUCAUGAUAUAUUUUUUUCAUAUUAGUCAAUAUUGAUAUAUAUCACGUAGGGAUGUGCCGAUAUAUGAUUUAAUAGCGAUAUGCGAUAUUAGACGGCCGCAAUGAUGAAAUUGUAGGGUACUGUAAUAAUCGUUCCACAGUUAUAAUUUAAAGACUAGUGGCAGCGUCACUCAGCGAAGGUGAGCAAAGCCGACUUUUGAAAGCUUGUUGUUUUCCCUCCUCACAGCUGCAUGUUCUUCUGGGUAUGCAGUCAGCUCUUGUCCAUUUGAUGCAUAUCUGUAAGCUGUACUUAUGCACUCUAAUUUUGAAUCAACUGGCACCAGAAUCAGAAAUGUAAGUUAAUAACAAAACAAGUUAUCAGAUAUCCAAGGUUUAUUCCCAACCAAAGGAAAAAUGUGGGCGCUCCAAUCGGAUGAUAAAAUGAUCGGAAGUGAAAGAAGUGAAGUUCACGUCAGCUUGGAUUAAUCGUGCCCCACAGUGUUCCCUGGUGAGUUAGCGAACCUAUACUGUGCCCUAUGGAUCUAAUUCAGGGUCUCCAUCAGUCUGCAAGCUGGAGAAGUCAUUUCAGCCUGCCAUAAAAAGUGUGACUUGCAGCUUUUUUUUGUGGUGUUGUGCUGUGGCCCCUUUAACAAGGAUCAGGGGAGGGGCACUAAAUCCCCAAACUCUACCCAGAUAUGGUUCUGUUUAUUUUUUUAAAGUCUCGUCUCUGCCCCGGGGUCAGCAGCUAAAAGAGUGUACACUGAAAAAUGGAAUGCACUGCCACACUGCCUCUGUCUUCAUUUUUGUUUUUACUAUACCUCCCUCUGCUUCUCUCUGUUUUUUCCUCCAUUGUCCUUCUUUCCCCUGAGUAGGGAGGCUUGAGUGAAGAGGAGCAGCCUGUCUGUUUGGCCUUCAUAUCUCUAUCUCUCCUUCCUCCCGCCCUCCCUCGCAGCCUCUCUGACCUCUCAUGCUAAUUUGACCUACAAAUUCUGCUCGAGUGUGACAGACCAGAGCACGGUUGAACUCCGGCCAAACGGCUUCCUCUCUCCAUCUUUUUUUUUUGCUUCAUGUGACUCUUGUCUCCCUGUCUGUGUCCUGUCUCUGCUUAUUUCUUUUACCUCUGGCUCUCUCGCUCAGAAUCCGCGCAGGAAGUUCAGCGAAGGAUCUCCAAUGACAUUUUAUUCCCUGUGUCUAAACAAAGGCAUUUAGCUUUCGCUCAGGGCCCAGCUGUUGUGUUUGUGUGACCCACUUGGAUGAGCGUGGGACUAGAACCGAAGGACCUCUGCACUCCUUGCAGCUGGAUAUUAAGAGUUUUUGAGGGAUCUGCGUCUCUUUUUCACAUUUACAUUCUCAGUCGUUUGCAUCGAGUUCAGAAACAACCUUCCAGUGAACAAAGUUAUGGAGGGAAAAUUAAACCCAGUUCUCUUGAUUGCGUCAGUCCUGGCGAAAGAAACAAGAAACCAAAGUUUUUAAAUGCAGCCAAGUGCUUCAUUCUGCCUGUCUGGCUUUUCGCCAUCACCCCUGACGACAUCUUACACACAUUUACACACACACACACACACACACACAUAAAUACUUCUCCAGGCUUUAGCGUAGAGCAGACCACAUAAAACCAGACCAGCUCUCGGCAUUUUCUGCAGCCAGUGAUUACAAGACUUUACUCAUUACAGAAGCGUUACACCAUUACUUUCUCACUCUUAUCAGCUCGACUUCAUUAUUCUGUUUUUGUUUUUCUUUGCAUUUUGUUCAAGCGAGGCUGCCACUUGAAGAAAAAAAGUGUCCCAUGUUUCAAAACAGACACGGUUCCUAUCAUGGUCCAGAUCUUUGGCACAGGACUCAGCUGGUUCCUUGUUUUCCAGAAGACCUCAUUUUCUGAAGAGAAGUCUGGUCCAACUUAGGCACACUCUUGACUUCAGCUAAGAUAACAACUCUUUUUGUGCCACAACUUUGUUUAAAGAAGGCUGUCAAGCAUGUGUUAAAUGUUGGCAAUACAUCAUAUGCUUGAGAUGGUAUUGCUGUUCAAUCUCUUCAUCUGCGAUAGGACACUAAACUACAAUCAUGAGGAUGACUCCUGACCUGACAGUUGUCCAGAAGAUAAACAUGAACACCCAUCACAAGGCGGGAAAACCCCUGACGAUCAUUGCUGGAAAAGUUGGCUGUCCUUAUUGUGUUGUAUUAAAGCAGAAUAAUGGAGAGUUCACUUAAGGGGAUAAGCGUCGUAGGAAAAGGACUUGGAUUAGGUUGGAGUCAGUUCUUUAAGAGCCACCAUGAGCUGAUGUCUUCAGUCUUCAGUUCCUGUCCCAUGAUUGUGCGUGUGGUCCACUGCUGUCUUUUGGCCAUGUUGGAUCGUGGAUUUUAUGUUUUUUUUGUUGGGCAUUCAGUUUGGCACACAUGUGCACUGUAACAUGUACCUUAACACCCUUAAGCUGAAAACAUACAGGAUCCGUAUUGAGAGCGUUCCGUGUUUGCUCUGUAGAGCAGCCCAGGGUGUCGCAUACAGGAUGCGUAUUCGGAGCGUGGCAGCAGCGUAGUGCAGCCCCGAUCAGCUGGGCUCAAUAUAGCGGAAACAACAUGCUCACAACAGGUUUCUGUGGUUUAUUUCCUGCUAAUUUGGAUAUAAUUCAGUGACUGUUGAGCCUCUACUAUAUAUAUGUGAAAAAGCAACAUGAUUUUAAAGUUUUGGUUUACUCGUGUUUAAUAAAGUAAACUAUGUUCCUUUAUGCUGUUACCUUCAGACAGAGUUAGCAGGUAGAAGUCCUGUUGGGGUCCACAUGGAUCAGGGAUUGACCAUCAGAUUGCUCUCGAUUCGAGGCUGCGACGGAGCUGAUACGCGUCCUGUGCUUCAUUGAUCAGAAUGGUAACUAUUUUCUGCGUGACGCUGCUGCCAUGUUCCAAAUGCACAUCCUGUAUGUUUUAGCCUUUAGUCCACAAUGUUUUAUCAAGUCUUAAUACCACAUAGAGUUUCAACCAGGAGAUUUCAGAGACCGAAAAUGGUUUAUGAUUUCAUAAGCUGUUAGCCAGAAUCAUCCAUAUUAAAACAAAUAUGCUCUUUGCUCUUUUCAUGAUGUUCAUAUUUUUGAGAUGCACUCGAGUCCAUAAAAAGAAGAUUGCAGGUCAUGUGAUAGAUUGUAACCAGCAGACCCUCUUUUCUUUUUAACCCAGAUGUCUUCUUUCAUUCUUCCUUCCUUACUCUCUGUUUUGACCCAGUAAACCUGACCUUCAUUUCCUGCAAAAGAAUAACAUCUUUAUUUUGCAUUUCCUGUUUCAUUGUUUGAUUGUUUAUACAUUUAUUUUCGGAGAGGGAAGCAAACUCUGGGCCUUUGUCCUUGUUGUUGGCGCUGCUUCCUCUGAACCACUCGGAGACACAUGCAUGCGAAUACACGUGCUCAUGCGCCGGGGUUCGCUGAUGGCAACCGCCUUCCUGUUAAUGGAGGUGUUUAGUCUGUCCCAUGAGUGUUCUGAGGCGGCUCUUCAGCCUGCACACUUGCUUUGUUUCUGACCCAGUCACUUUAUCUCCAGGCUGCUGCUUCAUUUGAUCCUGGAGUACAUUUCCACUCCCACAUUGUAACCCACCUCUUACCUCAACUGCUUUGUUCAUCCAAAAAUACCUCCCCUUGCUGCAGGGUGCUGCAAACUGUGAGAGUGGGUUGUGUCAGAGGCCGGUGAUUUAACCUGUCCUGUAGAGAUUUAAGCCGGUGCGACAAUGAUGACAAAUAACAGGAUUGUUCUCAUGUUGCUCCACAUGGCCCGUCGAGUCGAACUCAGUCACACUUUAAGUUCUCUCAAUAGGUUAAAAUAAGUUUACGUUUCCUCCUGUGGUUUUGCUCUGGGGUUACUGAAAGUAUUUGAAGGCUUUUAAUAAAACAAACCCUGUGGAAACGGAGGAACAAAAAGAAAAGUGCUCGGAGAGAAAAAGAAAGUCAAGAUCAGAGACAGGGAGCGCAACAGUUGAAGGGAAGUUCCUGCUCUUUGUACUAAGCCUGGAGAGACCCUCAGCCUUGUCGUAGCCCCCAUGGAGUGAAUUUAAGAGGGUCAACUUUAACAAGGGCUGUAUUGAUUCUCAGUGUUUGAGGGAGGAGAGGGUGCCUGUGUCUGUUUUUUGAAUAGUAGGAUGAGGACAAGACAGGGGCGGGCGCUGCUUUUUGUCUUCCCGUUUAAGCCUCCAUUCAGCUCAGUAGCAGGGGGUAACACCUGGUGGUCUUGACUCCUGUGGACUGCACACUUUGACAUUUGCCGCCACACUUAUAUUGAUGGGGUUUCAGUUACAUAACAAACUCACCGCUUCAAUUUCUUUCAGUAUAAAGUUGAAUUUCAGUAAAUAAUUCUGAUAUAGAGGUUUUUAUUGAAGUUCUAUCUCUCUGCCAUGAGAUGAUGUUACUGUCACUUUUAUUUAGCAUCAUUUAUUGCCUGAGUCAGUUGUGCUGGUUAACUACCAUUCUGGUUUUAAAUGUUGGGCUUUAAAACAGCAAUCCAAAAAAAUGAAGCUGUGUCCUUGGAAAUUGCAAUUUUGCUCUAUAUUUGGCUUGUAUUUUAGAAUAAACAGUCACAAAUAAACAUGAAAAUAACAUGCGACUAAUUUUUGAGGAAGAUAAUAUAAAGUUGAGGCUUAAGUUAGGCAAAGAGCAACCUUUACUCGUGUUGAUUCCUAGUUUAUGACGUCUCUGCCUCAGCGCUGACGGGGAGGUUUAUAAGGUCAGUGAGUAGGACGGCCAUUGAGGCAGAACUUUUACUAUUUACACGCGGCUGCUGUCCGCCCAUGGUUGGCAGGGCAACAGAGUAGGACCGCUCAAUUGUUGGGAAAACCAUAACCAUGGUUCUUUUGUUUGAUAUUACGAUUAAAAAAAUAGUUACCCAUGAUUUUUCAUUUAUAUCACACACAUUCAUGCAGCUUAAAACCUUAAAAACUCUUAAUUGUUUAAGACACAGUAAGUAGAAAAUCUUUUAAGCCUUCUUUUUGUUCACCAAAACAUGACUGUGUAAUAUCAGUUUUAAAAAAGUCACAGAUACAACCUUCGAAAAGGACCAUGCUUUAUUUCCUCUCUUCGCUUUGAGAGCCUUGGCUUGAUUUUAGUGAUAAUACUCAUACAAUUAAACACCAGACUUUACUUGUAUUUUUAUUCUGUCAUACAAAAUUGAAGGAUUUGAGCAAUUUGACUGCAGAUCAAACGAAUCAUUCAGUCUUUUCAGGCUUUAAUAUUACAACCUUUAAAACAUGAAAACUUUGGCUUGUGGUUUAUUAUGAUUUGGAACGAUAUCUCUCACUGUUCUGCCCGUCAGUCUUUAGCUUGUUAACAAUCAUAAACGCUCCAGCCUAGGGCCGCGCAAUAUAUCGUUCGAGCAUCGUCAUCAUGAUGUACCUGUGCGGGAUAGUCACAUCGUAAACCCUGCGAUGUCAGAGGAGAAUAAACUCGUCUAAUUUCAAGGGUAGCUGACUGAGAUACACUCCAUGUGACUCUGCAUGUGCUGUGCAGCGAUCCAACAAUCACAUUCGUUGUUUACUCAGUUGCCAAUCAGACUAGCCUUGCAGCCUUCAAUCAAAAUUAGAGAGGAGGAAACCACACCCCUGCACAUGGAGUGAGUCGCUGGCACUGCUGGUGUUGUGGCGAGAAACGCUUGUCCGCUGAGAAUUACUUUCGGAACAUUACUCAUCACUGUUAAGCCCCACAAAUAAGAAUUGUAUGGGUUUUCAAUCGUAUAUUUCCGUGGACCACUCUGCUAAAAGCAGUUAAUUGUCCUCAAGAUUUCAGCAGCGCAGCAAAGCAUGAAGUGCUAUUCAGGUCAUCUGGUUAAAGUUCCUCUAUUUUUGAAAAUCGUAAUAUGUAUUGCAGAUUUGAAAAAUAUCGCAAUGUUAGUUUUUUCCAAUAUCGUGCAGCCUUACUCCAGCCUCUCUCUCUCUCUCUGCUCAUUCUGUCCCUUGGCUUUUCAGACACUUACUCCAGUUAGAUAAGAAACCGUCUCUCUGUGAGAUCCACUCCGAUGAGACAGUGUUGAACGUUUUUACAUCUCUCAGGGCUGUUGAAUAUUAACACAGAGAGAUUCACACAGUCCCAAAGACAGACGGCUGACCAUCGGAUCCUUUCAGGCUGCUUUCACAAGGUUCAGGCCUUUCACAAGAGCUUUCAACCACAUCCAACCUAAACCUAUUCCCACCGUUUUGUAAGCCUAGAGUAUACACGGGCUUAGCUCCAGGUUCGGGCUUCUCCUUACUGGGCUCGGAGCUCACACACAUUCACACACACAGGAGGGAUGUUGAAACGGUCUCUGUCUUUGAUCCUUUGAGAUUGCGGUAGCUUUCAGAGCAUUUCUCCUCUCUCUUCUGUGUACAUACCCACCAGUAUCUCCACCCCGGGGCCCAGGAGGGGACCCCUUGCUGAUCUCCAGAUUGUGUUUUGGUUCUAGGGGGGAAUGUGCUGCGUCUCAGGUCUGGUCCGGAUCAGGUUGCUGCCCCCCUCAAGGCGUUUGUUGGCUUUGGACUUAGCUUUUGGGUUGCAGAUGAGGCCAGAUGUCCUGAAGUACUUGUUCUGAUGAAGUAUUUUUCUGCUGAUCAGCUGUGAAAAGAGGAAAAACAACAGCAGAGCAGACUGCAACCAAGAUCUUCAUGAAAGCUUUGUGAGCAGCAGAACUACUUAUUUCUCAUAUCGUAUUAAAAAAGAAUUCACAUUAAUGUCAUAAACUGGAAAAACAAGCGGUUGUGAUCUUACCUGAUGCUAAUAAUCUCCAGACUCUGGCUCUCAGAUGCGAAGGAAAACAAAAGGCCUGAGUUGAUUGUUUUGGUUGGGACUCCCCCGGAUCCCCCCGUCUCAGCCCCGUGCUUUUAACCAGGUUUAUUUUCCUGACCCAGUCACUUUUCAAAGCCCUCUUUUUACCCCCACAUUUGUUUCUGUCACAAAAACAUUCUGCAAAGUUGUUUAUCCAGAAUAUUAGCUGACCUCCCCACUCCUUCUACCCAAACACCUCAGCAGGAAGCAACAUUACCUCCCCGCCAGUGGCACGAUGCCACAGCAUUGUGAUCAUGAAACCUUGGUGCAAAACUACACCUAUGUGGAAACACAAUGUGAUUAAGAUUGAGGUGUUUUUUUUUCCAUGGUUUCUUUCCACCCAAGCGAGCACCAACUUUUCAGUAACCACUCUCAAAUGUGACAGCGUGCUUUUUAUACUUAGUCGACUUCCAUCAUCAGUACGUCUGUUUUCAUCCUGAAUCAACUUCCUCGAUUAUCAGAGCAUUUUCAUAAAAACAGGGAGGGGAAUCCACGUGUCUGACUCCUCUGCGUUAUUUUUAGACACCUUUUAAGCCGUCUUUCUUUUGUAUUUGUGAUUGAAGGUGUGUUGGUGUGUGUCUUGUCAAUUUUUCUUCAGGUGUUCCAGGAUCUGGGUGUGUCGGUGCUGUCUGGAGCUUCUGAGGGCUACAACGUGUGUUUGUUUGCUUAUGGCCAAACAGGAUCUGGAAAGACGUACACCAUGAUGGGAACACAGGUGAGGAGAACGUCGGAGUCACACUACAUUUGAUCGUAUUCAUUUGUCAGGCCUCCUCUCCUCCAGCUGUAGUACUUGGAACUGUUUGACAAACUCAAACAAUGCUGCACUGAAAAUAAACACAUGCAAACACUGAAAAUACUCCCAUACCAUUUUCUUUCUCAUACAAAGAGAUUUGUGAAUCUGUGUACCAAGCCAAUAUAAACAGAAUACUGAGCUGUAAGGGAUAAUAUAUAGUGAGUGGGCAGCUUUGGCAUAAUUUAAGUAAGAUUUUUGUAUAAACUGUGACGCCAGGGGAUUGGCCUGAACAAUGCAAGAAAAACAUGUGUUGUGCAAUUACAUGGUUCAAUAUUGAGAUAACUUUAAAAAGUAGAAGAUAUUCGAGUGUGCAAACUGCUAUAAAGCCGAAAACAUACAGGAUCCGUAUUGAACGCGUUCCGUCAGCGGCUUGUAUCUGUAUCCGUAGAGCAGCGUUGUCUAUCGCAUACAGGAUGCAUAUUGGGAGCGUAGCAGCAGCGUAGUGCAGCCCCGGUCAGCUGGUCUCAGUAUAGAGGAAACAACAUGCUCACACAGGUUGUUUUUCUGUUCUGUGGUCUAUUUCCUGCUAAUUUGCAUGUAAUUCAGUGACCGUUGAGCCUCUACUGUAUGUGUAUGUUAACUCGUGUUUAAUAAAGUAAACUAUGGUCCUUUAUGCUGUGCUGUUACCUUCAGACAGAGUUAGCAGUUAGAAGUCUUGUUGGGGUCCACAUGGAUCAGGGAUUGACCAUCGGAUUGUUCUGUGUCACUGAUAAAUCCAGAACCAGGAAGUAUUUCUCAUCUACACGAACUGGUACACAGUCAGGAGUUCGCAUAUGGUGUUUUAUCGUUCUUCUCUGUGUCAGUUAAUGUGUAUUGAAAGCGCAGAGCAGCAAAAAUAGACUCGGCACGUAUCUUUAGCAGAGCCGCGCUUGAUACGCCUCUGAUACGGAGCUGCGACGAAGCUGAUUCGCGUUCCUUAUGCGACGCUGCAUUGAUUAGAAUGGGAACCUAUUUGCUGUGUGAUACGCGACGCUGACGUUAGACGCUCAGUAUGGAUUCUGUUUGUUUUAGCCUUAACUCUGAGUUUCUCUGUCUCUCUGCUGCACAAAACUUGCUCACUCAGGUUCAGAUUGUUAUUAAAACCCUCUGACUUGCUCACACAGCGUUGUGUUUAAGAGGUAUCACCCCCGGACACAUCAGCACCCUCAUUUUAAGGCAUCAACAGGUCCCACUCAUCACAACACAGACGUCCUUCCUCUGUGGACAUAUGAUCCUAACACCAGUCCCCUAAGCUUCUUGUAAUAACAAUCCCAGCCUGUCAGCGGUGAAAUAAAGCACUUAAAGUGGCCACAGUUUGAUGACGCCCAAUCGCCCAGUCUAACUACGUUUUAGCUCAUUUCGCAGCUGAUCCAGUUAUUGUGAAUGCUUCUAUUUCAAUAACCAUAAAAUGAUGCUCUACUGUGCAGCACUAAUUGAUGUAUAAAGCGGUUUCCUCCUCCUAUACCUGAUCCUGCAGUUAGGGGGCAAUAAAGCAUUAAUAUUGGAACAACCUUAGCAAACCAUCAGCUCAGAGUGACAUCCCACUGUGACCCAAUUCUACAUAAAAACUGUCAAAACACUUCUCCUAUAUCUCCUUCCUCUUCUGUGUGCUGUCAGGGCUCCAUUGGAUUGACACCUCGGAUCUGUCAGGUACGUCAGCGGAUUGAAACAUUCAAUAUACAGGGCUUGGCGAUAAUUCAGCUGCUUGAGUAUAUGGUGUUGUGGCGUGAUAUGAACUUGCAUUUUUUCUUUCCUGGCAGAGUCUUUUUAGGUCUGAAGACACUUUUCCUGACGGGCAAAACUCGAGCAGAGUGGAGAUCAGGUACUGUCUGUGAUUGUAUCUCUAUUCUCAAACAAAGAGGGGGCAUUGAAAUUCAAAGAAGACCCCAUGAAUAUGCUUCAAAGACUCAAACUGGAUUUUCUUGUCUGUGUUGAAGGCAGUGUUAGUUUUACAGAGCAUGUAUUAGUCUUUCUUCCUUGACUCUACCUGACUUCACUUCUACAUUUUUCACAAGGAUAGUGGAGUUUUUAGUGUUUGAUGGUUGUCAUUUUCAUAGUGCAGAUAGUGUUUCUGGGACAUUUAGAUGGGUCAUCAGUCUGUAAUGUAGACUGUGUAACCAUGACUACGACCUGGUUCAAAUACAGCCAUUCACAUACCAUUCCUUCUUUUGUCUCUGACACUUUCUGUCAAAUAAAGGGAAAGUGCCACAGUGAUAAACUGAGAUUUACUGUUUCUGAGGAGGUGCGGCACAUACAACUCACCUGAAGGUCAUCCUGUGGUCUGCCUCUCUGUGAUGCUGUAGAUAAAGUGGCCGUGUAAUAUAUGUGUCAUCAUAGCAGGAUGUUCUGUAAUCCCUCUGUCCCCGCAGCUUCCUGGAGAUCUACAACGAGCGUGUGCGCGACCUGCUGAGAGGAGCGGAGCAGAAGAAGAGAGCCUCUCUGAGAGUCAGAGAACACCCUGACAAAGGACCCUACGUUCAAGGUGAAUGUUCGCCCCAAUACCAAGACAAAACUAAUGCAUGUUUUACCUACUUUUCUCGAGUAAUACAGAUCAUGAAAUAAAAAAAAAGUUCAUAAACACGUGUAUGUGCAUUUAGCUUCAUGCAUUCAUCCACAUAUAGGAAUUAAAACAUGCACAGGGGAGGUAGCUGCUCAGGGUUUCUGCUAAGUACUUCCCCAGAAACACCAAGCAAGUGAAACUAAUUACAUGGAUUUUAAUCGGAAUUCUGUAUUCAAACAUGACCCCACAGUUCCAGGUGUAAUUGCAAAAAUCGUUGAGCUCAUAAAUCAACAGAUCAUUUCCACUUUCUGUCUUUCUCUGUCUGUCGAACUGAUUAGGUACUUAACUAGAGGUCUAGAGGCUGCAAAUUCUCAUUACCCUGCCUGGAUAAUUUCCCCCCGAUUAGAAUUAAACAUUAUUUUAAAUAACCUUCCAGCGACCUUAUGUAUCACACACCCAGUAUAACUGCUCAUAUUUGCAGAUUUAAACUUUAUAGUCUUAUGAUACAUUUGCUUUCAAAGGCGAUAAGCUCUGAGAAAUGUCUUUUGAUCAUUUCAGAAGUGUAGACAAAUACACCAGAGAGGUUUGUUAUGUUGAAAUUAAGAGUCUGAAACACUUAGUGCAAAGAGAGUGAAGAUGAAAGUGGACAGCAAAGGUGAAAUCUCGUGUCUCUGCAUUCUCAUACACAUCAUUUUGUGAAAUUAUGGACUUGGAUGGGGAACAUGGUCGGCAGUAUUUUGAGUUGUGCUCAUGUCUUGUAAGUUUAGUUUACAAGUCACUGUGGUGUGUGGUGAGUGGUGGAAUUUUGUUCCGUUAAGUUUUGCGAUCGUGGCCAGAAAAGGCUGUCCCAGCUCGAAUCCAGACUCUUCUUUUAGCUUCUCUCUCUCUCUCUCUCUCUCUCUCUUUCUUCAUCUGCUCUCGUCCACCAGCCUCUCUGCAUUUAAAGCCUCACAUCCACUCAUUGUCUGUAUCAGGAGAAAUCCCAGAUGGACAGAGGAAGUGAAGUCAUUUCCUUGUGGUUCCAAGGAGAAUGCUUUAACACAGAGAGAGAAACCCAGAGACUCAGAGCACAUUAUGAGGACUCCAUUACUGCCACAACAUUCCCACGUGUCCACCCAAGCAUUCACUUUUUUGUCUGUUUUUUAAACUGCUUUUUUACACUUGAUACAAGAAAUAAAGAACUGUAGCACCAUGUUUCAGUCUGUGCAGGCACGUGUUUAACAGACACUCAGGAUACAUGAUUCACUCUAAAAAUGAGAGCAUUGUUAGAGUAUUUUUGUUGUUGUUGGGGGAAAUAUGACGGAUCAAAUAUGAGCGAGUGUUGACGAGGCGUAUAUCCUGUUUGGUGUCUUUUACGUGCCUCUUUUUCCUGCUUCUUUUAAAGUCUGUCUGAUAAUCAAAAAUAUGGAUUUAAAUACUCAUUAAUAGAAAGUGCUUUAGCUGCACUAAGAGCCUCUACUGAGAGUUUCCCAGCCUGAAUUCCACAUGGAUUACACUCCACUGUGAGAAGUAGGUCAAUUAACAAAUAUGUGAUUAAACCAUCGCCCUCUUUGUGUGUUUACUCAGUUUCUUCAACUUUUUCUUUUUCUGUUUCUGUUUCUGUUUGUUUCUCUUUCAUUAGACUUGUCGCAGCAUGUGGUCUCAGAUUGCAAGCAGGCCAUGGAUCUUUUGGAGGUAGGCAUCACCAACCGCAUCACCGCAGCGACCCACAACCAUGACGCCAGCAGCAGGUCCCACGCCAUCUUCACCAUCCAGUACACACAGGUCAUUAUCUAUGUCCAGUCAUCUUUCACAAUGACGCACUCAUCGAUCUGAUGAAGAUCCUCUAUCAGACGUUGUUUAUUUGUAGAUAUAACAUCCGUUAUCUUAUGCUGAUUUUCAGUUUUAUCACAUUUGUCUUUUCCUCAGGCAAUCCUGGAAAACAACCUUCCCUCAGAAACUGUCAGCAAGAUUAACCUGGUGGACUUGGCCGGGAGGUAAAACUGCUAAUUCUUUCUGUUUUCUUCCGUCACAGUCUUUUGAGCUCAAGUCAUUGACAAAGCUGCCCCCUAGUGGAUCCUGGCCUGUGCUUUAAGAUCAUCCUAAUCCUCUGCCUCACAUUCCUAAGAGAUGAUUACAGUCUUUUUCAUUGCAGCUGACAUGACCCAGACAUAUUUUUCCUUCUGUUUUUGUUGCAGUGAGCGUGCAGACCCCAAUUACUGCAGGGACAGACUGACAGAGGGCUCAAACAUCAACAAGUCACUGGUCACUUUGGGCAUUGUCAUAUCUGCUCUUGGUAAAUUACUAUAGUUCAAGACAUGAAGUUUGAGAAAGCAGGUUUUAUUUGAUAGACUUAGCAUAAAACUGCACAAAUUCAGUUUUUUUUCCGCCACAUUCUCCUCUGUCCUCCGCAGUAUUUCCUUCCAUUCUGCUCAUCAAUCCUUCAACUCUUGCUCCUUUUGUUCCUUCUGCCUCCACAGCCCAGAACUCCCAGAUGUCGAGCAGCUGUCAGAGCAUCAACAGCAUGGCCUCUGAAGGCGAUGGCAGCACGGUGGGCAGCCACAGCAGCUCUCUGUCGGGCGGAGGAGGAGGAGCAGGAGGUGGUGGUGCGAGGAGGAACUGUUUCAUCCCUUACAGAGACUCUGUCCUAACCUGGCUCCUGAAAGACAGCCUGGGUGGCAACUCAAAGACCAUAAUGAUUGCAAGUAAGUGAGGCAGAUGUCAGUUUUGUUGCAGAGGGAACAUGACUGUGAGUUUGCAAGUUUUAGUUUUAUGUGAACUUUACCUCAUGUCCUCAUGGAAGAGCAAAACUCAGUUGUUUAAGCUGUUGGUGGAACCUUCUAUAUUUGAGAUUUUCUUCCUCUUUAACUCACUGAUACUCGAGAUUUCUAACAACAUCCACUUGGAAUUGUAGCUGUUACUUUGCAGAAGAGAAGAUAAUUUAAAGUAAAUUUCAGCUCAUCUCAAGUGAGUCUGUGAGUUUUAUUUUUAUUGGAUUUAAUUAAAAUUAAUGCUUGGUCGGGGGUUUACAAUAAAACCAAGAAGUGAAAAAAUAUCUGGGAUGCUGAGUAAGAUCUUGAUAUAAACAGAUUUUGAUGGUUUGCAGAUCAUUUAAAUACCAUGUUUAAUUGAAAACAGUGCAAAGACAAAAUAUCAAAUAUUGAACCCAAAAACACUUUAUUUCAUAAAAGAAACAGGAGAUGCUCAUUUUAAAUUAGACGCUGGUAUUAAAAAAAGAAAAACUUGAACAUCUUCUAAAUUGCGCUGACAGGUACAUCAGAUGACUGGGUAUGAAAAUGGCCUUUCAGUCUCUCAGGGAUUAAGAUUUCUUAUUUCUUAUUUCCUCUUUAUUUAACCGGAUAAGUCCCAUUAAGACCAGGACCUCAUUUACAAGGGUGACCUUUGGCAUAGAGCUCACAGUAAGGUGACCACUACCAUUACCAGCUCUAGACCAAUGAGCGUGGUCUAGACCUGCUCUGUUUUUGGAAAGCGUCUUGGGAUAAUGACUGUUGUGAUUUGGCGCCAUAUAGAUAAAAUUUGAUUGGUUGGUUGAAUUUGAGUAAUGAAGUGAUAAACAGUCACCAGUGCCCCAAGACGCUCGUGUAUAAAAUGUCACCAUAGUCAAUCAAUGACAGAGGAGCUGCAAAGACAAGAUAUUUGAAUAUAUUUCAGUAGAUCAAUGUGUGAGAGACUGCGUGAGCAUAUAGUUUGACGAUAACAAUGGAUAAUAACAGUGCUGCGGUUUGAUGAACCUUUCCUUUUGGAAAUCAUGGAUGUCAUGUCGUCUGCUCUUCAGAGGCAGCUUGUUAAAUAUCAGGUUUGGAUAAUAUUAAACCACUACAGGGUCCCGGCUGUUGUAGAAUUUUUGGUGUUGUACUUUGUCUUUACAGUUUUUGCCUGUGUGGUUUAACUUCAUCAUAAAAGCAAAAAAACUGUAGUCUGUUUACUUCAUUCCCACCUUCAAACUCAAACAAACCUCUGAUCAGGGCGCUAAUAGCUCUUUGUGUUUGCUUCAUAUGUUUGUGUUGCAGCGAUAUCACCCUCAGCUAACAGCUACAACGAGACCCUCAGCACCCUGCGCUACGCGGCCCAUGCCAGAAAUAUUGUCAACAAGCCUCGUGUUAAUGAGGUCAGUGCCUGUUACGAGUCUGACGAGGAGAAUGAAUGUUUGAACAUAAUGUUUUUUUCGGUCGGUUAAUAUGUGCUGUGAUCUCUGCGCAGGACGCCAGUGUUCGGCUGAUCAGGGAACUGAGAGAGGAGAUUGACAGGCUGAAGAGUAUGCUGCUCAGCUUUGAAAUGGUAUGGUGACCUUUGCUGAUAGAACAUUGUGCUUACUCUCUCAGGGACAAACCCUCCUAGUCCCCUAUCAGAAAACACUUUUGCCUCUAUAAGACUCUGAAUAUCAAAGAUUCUCGCAUUUCAAGUUUUUCUUUCAAAUGUUUGGCGCGGUGCUGUGUGACAUCUUUUAUUCCCGCAGGCAGUAAAGAUUGAAUCGCAUUGGAGCAUAUGACAUUUUCCUUUUACACGGUGUGUUGACUGAUUAUUUUCCGUUUUCUCAACUGGCAGCAGAGGAAUCCUAGUCCAUCCCUGAGCGAUGAGAGGGAUGGAAAUCUGUCUGACAUUGUGCUACAGAACGAACUCAAGGUAACCCAGUAUUAGUACAGGAUCUUAAACCUGGUUUUGCCCUUUUAUAUAAGAGUGCAGCACUUUCUUUUAGCAUCAGAUUGCCAUUAGGGUCACUGUUACUUUCUACUUUCUCUGAUGGUUUCAUGGGGGUAUUCAACCAGAUAGAAAGAUAAUGUAAACUUGGUACAUUCGUCUGAUCAACAAUUAAAAGAUCAUUACAACUACCAAGUCCAUUUUAAAGCUGUUUUGGUAUUAGCAGGUGGGUCAACCUUAAACACUGUCUUAAUAGAGCCUAACGUUGGGUUCAGGCCAACACUUGGAAAGUUAUCAUAAGGAGCUGUUCAGAGAGACAUCCAGAGAUUAUGUCGAAAUGUUUUAAGACUUUGCAGAGGUUUAGUAUGGACAAUAGGGCUGGGCGAUAUGGCCUCAAAUGAAUAUCACAAUAUAUUGAGCAGUUCACCUCGAUAAUGAUAAAUGGAUGAUAACUACUCCACAAGCUGCUCACCCCCUCCCACAUUAACUUCGUCUACUUCACUACAACUUUCUCUCCGUCCUCCAUCUCCUCACCUGUCUUUCCCUCUUUGUUACGGACUGGAGGGGGUGGAGUCACUUCUCUGACGUAGGACAGCAUCUUAAAGGGACCAUAGCCUACCUACACACAUCCAAAACCAAUUUUCAUUUAUUUAUUUUUUUGACGCCAAAUAUACUGAUAUGGGCAAAAAGUUGGUUGUUGUCGUGAAUUUCAGUAUCGGUAGAUUUUCGGUUUAUCGCCCAGCCAUAAUGGACAUUUAACCUUGUGACAUUAAAUGUAUGAAUUUUAAUACACAUCAGUGUGUGAGGUCUCCUGUGAGGUUUUGACUUUUAAGUCUUCAGUUGUAGCCAAUUGAAAAGAGUAAAAUAAUCUGUAAUAUUCCCCAUUUCAGCUGUGAAAGCAGUUAUAAUUUCGGUGUUAUUAGUCAUCUCCCUGACUCCAAAUACUUCCCGCCCUGGUUUCAACUCCUUCCCUUAUUCCCUUCCUCUCCCUUAUUGCCUUCUUUCCUUGUCUAAUCCUUAGGUGGAGCAGCUAACCAAGGAUUGGUCCGAGAGCUGGAGAGACAAGAAGGAGCUGCUGGAGCAGUACGGUGUUGACAUUAACCGAGACCGUGCAGGAUUCCUUAUCAAUUCGCUACAGCCGCACCUGGUCACUCUGGACAGAGAUGUUCUCAGCACUGGGGUCGUCUUUUACCACCUCAGGGUAUGAUGCAUGAAGAGAAACUUUGUUGCGCUUUGGUAUCACUGGAUUGGUAUUAUUAGAUUCUUACAGAACAUAGAGGUAUAAGUGUAGAAGUUGAUCCUGUGUAUAGAGAACUGAUAUGGGGCUGAGCCUUGUCUAAAAGUUUGUCUCUUUUUAUCUACUUUUUGUCGUUCAUUUGCACUCAAUCUGUUACUGUAUAAAUACGCACUUGCAUGAACAGCAUCUAACAAAGCCCCUCUAACUAAUAAUGUCUGUAUUUGCUCUUUUUCCCCUCCAUCUCUCAAGUUAAUGAUUUGUCAGCUGUCUCCACUAAAACUUUGAAAUUGUCUUUUUUUCCCCCCGUUAGAUUCCCUCCCCUCCUCCCUCUGCUAUUUCUCUCUAUUCUGCCACAAAAACUCUUGAGAAAAGGUGCGUUUCUUCUUCUUCUCUCUCUUCUUUUCAAUCUUACCCUCCAACUGUCCCGUCGAUCUCCCGUCUCUCCCCGUGCGCGCGCGUGUUUGCCGCGACGCAAAGAACUCGGUUGUAUAAGAGGCUCUUACUUCUGAGGCUGGGACUCAGGGGAGCUUAAGCUGUCCUGAUUCUGACAAUGACAAGCAUACCCUUAGGCCUGACAAUUACACUGUUUCCUGCAUGUGAAGAGCUCAGGCCACCUGGGACCACAUGUGGUCUUGACACCAUAUAAGAAAGCUUUUAAUCCCAUUAGAUAAGACGUCAAAGUAAACAAAUGAUAUAUUUUCUGUCAGUUAGGAGGAGAUUAGUAGAAAAGGGAAAGGGUUCUUUAUGGAUCAUGAUGCAAAGUCAUUGUAUUGCUUGUUUUUAUUGUACAACCACCACUUAAUGCCAUAUAUGUCAUAUAGUUUUGAUGUUUUUGUUUGUACAGAUCUGAAUAUAAUUGGCUUUUAUUUGUCUUACAGGAGGGAGUUACACACAUUGGACCUCAGGAGCAGUCUGGGGAGCCACAAAUAGGUAUCCUUAUAUUAUCGAAUAGUUUAAUCUUUUCCGAAUGUUCCUUUUUUGAUUAAUAAAUCUUAUUUUAACGGCUAAAAAUUACAACUGUGGAUAUCGAAUUUCCCCUCGGGGAUAAAUAAAGCUCUUCUUAUCUGAGAUGCAUCUUACAGUCACGUAUUAUUAACUCAGCGGAGACAUCUGAGCGCAGAACUGUGGAAAAAAACACCACCUCCAGCAGUAAAUGUAGAGCGUUAAAAGUCUACAGCAUGUACAAUAAUUCAGCACAGACAACAAGCAAAUGGCACAAUGGAGCACCGUACACUUACAGCUUACAGAAUCAGAGUUUGUGAUUAUGUUUCUGUGUCCUGUUUCCAGUCCUCCAGGGCAGUGCAAGCUGUGAGAUUGAAAACCACAGAGGUGUUGUAACACUGAGACCUCUUCCAGGCUGCGUCUGCCUCCUCAACGACAGAGAGGUCACCGAGGCCUGCAGACUUGCUCAAGGUAAGCUCUCAUCCUCAGCCAAAGAGUUUCCCAGCACUGCACGAUGUCCUUAUUACAUUUUUACUUCACUUAGAUGUAGAAGAAUUGACAGAGCUGGUCCUGACUCAUGGUUACUUGUUAUUUUUCCUGAAUGAUAACACGGAUGGUAAUUAUUUUUGCAAGAAUACCCCGAGGCACUUUUGCCACUUUUAUUUCUUUUGGUAGAUAAUUUUAGCUACAACAAAUGUAGGAAUAGAAAGAGAGCGAGAGGCAUGAGCCAUGUUCUUAGUAUCCACUCAUUCUCACAUUGUAAGAACAGGAGAAUAUGUAAAUAAUACAAGUGCUAAAAUAUAGGUCAAAGGAGUAACUUGCUUUUAGCAGAAAAAACUGCUUCACAGAAGUAGAAUCAGCAGUUCGAAAAAUGUGAUCUUUAUCACUCAUGACUAACUGUUGUUGUUAAAACGGACAAAAAAAUCCAAUGAUGCAUAAAAUCAGACCUGAGCAGCACUUGACACGCAGCAUUAAGGCUCGCCAUGUGACCGCUGCACUAUCACAUGUAGGCUAAAGUACAAUUACACACAAGCUUGGAGAUGCACUUGAUAACAUAUAUGGGUUAAUGUACAAUUGAAUAUGCAUGCAUGCUUAAGGUGCAGCGAUAGUCUUCUUGAGCAGAGACAUGGAUACACACUAAUACACCCCGCAGCUCCCAUCAACACGAUGCUUCAGCCUGUGAUGAAAGAUCUGCUUCUGUCUCCAGGGAUGGUUAUCACCUUGGGAGGAGUGCAUAAGUUUCGUUUCAACCACCCGGCAGAGGCGGCCGUCCUCAGGGAGCGCAGACGGGUGGGUGCUGCUCUGUGAAAACCGAGUGAUGAUUAAUGAUAGCACUCAUAAUGAACUUAGGUUGACAGAUUGUAAUGAAGGAGAUGCGCUCAUUAUUUCUGGUCAUUAUUUUACGAAAGAGGAUUAGGGACACAAGAAAAGAAAGAAAUAAGUGCAGGAGGGAGAUUUUUUAAAUUUCCAUCUCGAGAUUAAAGUCGAAAUUUUAAAAAGUUGAAAUUUCGACUUAAUUCACGUUCACUCUAAUCUCAAAAUUUUAAUGAUUUUAAUCUUGAAAUUUCAAUUUUUAACCUCAAAAUUUUGACUUUAUUUCGAUUUCUUGAUCCCAGAAUUUUGACUUUAAUCUCCUUUCUGUUAUUAUUAUUUUGGCCCUAACCCUCUUUCGUAUUAUUUUACACUGCCUAGAUGUGAUAGCUGUUUUUUUUUAAAUGGAUGAUAAACUCACCUUCUUUUGCUGUCCUCAGGCCAGUGAAAGCGGCAUGACCUGCGCCUACAUUGACCUCUGCCCCCUCAGUCCUGAUCACAGGUAAAAACUGCCCCCAAAAAUAAAACCAGACCCCAACAUUUGUGAGUUAUAGAAAGACCUUAUUCUGCCAACUCAGAGCAUUCAUAUUUGAUAGGAGGUACAUGUGUUGUAUCAGUGAACAUGCUGUGGAAAUAGGGCAAUGCUUCAUGCAUGUUUUAACUCUGCUGGUAGAAAUGGCAUGUGUUUCAAUUUGCCUCCAUCCUUGUGAACAAUCCCAGUACGCUGUUUGCGGGGCAGGCUCAGCCGUUGCUUGGUUACUGUUGAGUCUCUAAACUGGAAACCAACAACAGAAGGUUUAAAAUUUAAGCAUGCCAACAGCAAGCUACCAAAUACAACCAGGAAAUGUAACAUAAUUGAGCUGAAAGAUAUAUUUUGGUGUUUUUUUUGUUUGUUUCUACACUUCCUACACCGAUAGAGCAGCCAAGUAGUUCAUAUUUUUCCUUCAUCUGUGUGUCUGCUUUUGUAGCGUUGAAGAAGUAAAACUCCAAGGACAGCUGGGCGACUGUCUCUCCCCCAGCGAGGAGCCCACUGCCAGGCAGCGUGUGGAGGAGCAGCAGCGCUACGUGGAGGGUUUGCGACAGGAGAUUCAGGCUGAGCAGAGGCGGGCUGAGAAAGAGCUGGAGAGGGAGCAGGCCCGUCUCAGACAGCAACACACUGAGAGUAGGUAGAAAUGGCUGCACUGCUUAUGCAGACGUGUCACUUUCUUAAAGCCAAAUUAAAGGGUUUUAAAGCAAAAUAGAGGAAAAAUCAGAAGAUAUAAUGCCAGACAUUUUUGUGAAGAUGUCCAAACAUUAUAAUUAACUCCUGCAAAUCUUUCUUAAACAGUCCAGCAGUGGAUUUUGACAGAGAAACGGCACCUGUCAUCUGUUGAGCAGAGAAUCACACAGGAGUCUGGAGUCCAAACUGACCUCAUCCCUGCACCUCUUCUGGAGCGGCUUACGAGUCAGGCACCUGAAGAUCAGGAUGGUCACUCCGUUGAUCCGCCGCCGCUGGUGGUAAGGGCGAGGAAGAGGGCGGUGCAGGAGGAGCUGAUAAAGCAUCACGCCCUUUGCCGCGCCGAGAGCCGCAUCCGUCGGAAAAGGUUGCACUACCAGCUGGAAAGGAUCGCCCGUAAGCGGCAUCUUUUGGAAGCUAAAAGGGAAUUGCAGCGGCUGGAGAGGGACCUGCCUUCAGGACCAGACAGCCCUGACUCUCCUGAGUCCCCGACCAAAGCCAGAGGAAGACCGUUUGUAUCUCGAAGACACUCUUUCUCUGCAGACCUUCUGUCCAGGCUUUACCCUCAGCACACCCCUCUCUUCAGGUAAACAGCUUUGAAACAAGCUGCUUCUUAAGCUGUAGUACAUUAUGAAGAUAGAUGUAUGAAUGUAUUAUAUGGUUCAGAGUUCAGAGAGCAUGAUUGGGAAAUAUGAUUUGCAGUUAGAUGGACAAAAACACACUCAUAGGUCAUCAUAGUGGCAAAAAACAACAGCUGAUUGAAUCUUGAUCAUCAUCAUUAAAGAAAAGUGUCAAAAAUCGUUCAAAAUAUAUAUUAUGACCUGAUAUUUAUUUAAAAUAAUUAUAUAUUAUGUUAUAUUCUUUCUUGACAGACACUUCCUCAAGAGAAACCGAUCCACAGAACCGUUUCCAAACCCCACCUCAACCUCUGACUCCAUCGGCAGCAGGAAGUGGGUUUCAGAUGAAUGUCUUCCUCGAGAAAGGACUCAGAGUUGUUCUGGUACGAUCCUCUCAGGACAGAGUCCGGACAGCAGAAGCAGAGUGAGCUCUUGUGAGAACAUUCGACCAGCUGCCAGGGAUGAAUCCAGAGCUCAGCCCUGCAGGGAGCGACCAGAGAGAAAACCUCUGCUCCCAAACCGAGACCUGUCUUUUAAGAACAGGUCUGAUCAGAACUCAGUGUUUAGUCUGAAGUCUCCAGUCGGGACUGCUGUGCAGCCAGUAAACAAAGAAAAUAUUCAAGGACCCAAACUAAAUGAACCAAGCUCUCAGAUUUUCUCAAGCUCUAAUGAGAGAAAAACACCAUCCUUUACUGAUAAGAGUGGACUGGAAACCUUCAGGAAGACUUUGUCUCAUUCUGUCGGGCCCAGAUUAAAAACAGCUCUUUCUAAAGUGUUCAAAAAACCACCAUCAGGUCCAAAUGGAGGAAGAGGCCCUAAACCAUUCAGGAAGAUGGCAAGCAAAUUUAACUGGAGACAGAGAAAAGAGCGAGGUCUGAAAGAUGCUAAGAUGAGUCGAAGCAAAUGUGCUGUUAAGUCUGCCGUCUCAUGUGAGGAACUCGACCAAAGGACACCGUUUGAGGACACUAGACAGAGGCGAUGGCAUAGUACUGAGGCUCUAAUGAAGACCAGCAGAUGGCUGGAGAAUCAGCAGGGACUGAAUGGAUGGGAAGAGGAGCAACAAGACAGGGAUGAAGGGUCGUCAGACUGCGAGAGCCUCUUCUCUCUUGAUUCUCUGUCUUCUGCUUAUGCUACAGCUUUAGCCGAGCAGCUGAGACGCGAGGAAGCGGCCCAGAGUGAAACAGAGAGCGAAGACAGUCAGAUGUCCAAAGAUUCACUGGCUGUGGAGAGCGAUGGAAAAAUCUCAACAGUCAAGAGGCUUAGCCAAACAUUGGUGCCAACCUACUCAUUGGUGACAGAUGGCUUCAAUUCAUGGAAACAGCAUAAUAAAACAGCAGAGAACAGUUUAGCUGGGAACAGCUGUCACAAACCUCAGAAAAUCCCAGCAGAGGAGUACUCGAGCCAGCGAGGUUCUCCAAGAUCAAGUCAUCACAGUGCAACAAGGAAACCUCCUCCCCAAAACCAAUUAGCAGCAGACUCCAGGUGCAGAGAGUCCGUACACAAAAUGAUUGAGGACUUUGGGAACGGGCAGACGAUUUCAACCAGCAGCCCACGCUCCCUGAGCAGCUGCAGCACAAGGGAGCCAGAAAACGUGCUGGCUCUCACAGAUGCUUGGUCCUCCACGGAUGCUGCAGACAGCCCCAGGAUUCGCAGAGAUUCCUUGCCUUUCCAAAGGAAAAACAUUCUCAGAAGCAUAGAGAAUAGCAGCAGCAGCAGCAGCAGCAGUAGCAGUAGUAGUCCCAGCCCUGCCAGCACAAACCUUUUGGACUCUCAGAGUGAUCCAAGAAGCUCCAGCUCAUCGUCUGCCAGCGCUGAGGGUGAACAUGUAACAGUGCAGGAACACAGCGUUGAAUUUUCUAGAGGAACAUCAGAAAAACUCAAUUUUAAAGUCUCUCACAUUCUGACUUCAAAAGACGAGGCUCUGAAGGAGGCUGGAUGUUGUGUGGGACAAAAAGAAAAAGCAGAAAAAGCCAGUGAUCAUCCAACGUCUUUUUCUGCCUUGAAUCAAACCGUGUGUUUGUCACCCAGUGAGGUCCACCUUACUAAACAACAAGCAGCACAGGUCGAACCACCUCAGGUGUUCACAGAGAAGCCCGAUUUAGUGGCAGCUGAUGUUACAAUGUCCUCUGAAACUGAAAUGUGUCAUCAAUCUGGUACAUGCUUUUCUACACGUCCAACCAACCAAGGUCAAGUUUUGAGACAGAAUCCUGACCCUGAAAGUGCCUUCAAACCAUCCCUUGAAGAUGAAGCACUGUGCAGUCUGGAUUGUCCAACAGAGAAAUUGAAAAAUCUUCAGCAGUAUGACUUUGGGAAUACCAAUUUUUUAACAAAGGACCAAACGUUGGACAAAGUUGAAACCAAAGGCACUGAGCCGUACAUUGCUUUACAGCAGGAGCUUGUUAAAUCGGCCUGUAAAAAUUCCAGGAAGAGGAACAAAGACCAACAGGAUUCUUUCAUGGGCAGCCUGAAAAUACCAAAAUGGACCAAAUGCAAAGAGUCGGUAACUUUGUGCCUUACACCAGUUGGCAGCCAAGAAGGUAGUUGGCUUGACGACAAUAAUAACACCAGUGACUCAAAGGAGGAGCAAUCGUCUGUGGAAGCUGACAGCCCUGAAUUUGAUUCUGUUUGUGUCGAUGGCAGAGAAAGACAGGACGGCGUGGCGUCAGUGGUGUCGCCAGUGAAUCAUCCCAUAAGCAGGAAUCUUGGGCCCAAUUAUCAGAUCUUUGAGGACUUUGAAUGUGCGAACAAAUGUCCUCAGAGUGGUUCCUCCGUAGGGGAGAGAAUGCAGCUUAAAACGGUUGGUGUAACAAUAAAGGACAUACCUGCAGAAACAAAGGCAGACGAACGCCAAUUCGAUUACCCCAGGAAACAUCAAGAACGUAGAAAACACAUAUGCAAGUCUGAUGCAAUUUGUAGCGCCAUUGAUCUGAGAAUUUCAGAAGUGGUGAAAGAGCACAUGCGAUUGUCACCGAAUGGUGCUGCCGUUGAGAGGAAGAGCAGGAGUAAAAGCCUGAAUGCAUUAUCUUCUGCUUUUCAUUUAGAUCAGAACAGAGUGACAGUAAAAGAAGUGGGUGAUCACAUGAGUGAGCCAGCGAAAGACGAAGGAAUUCUUGGUGAAGAACUUGCAAGAAGGGCAAGUGACAACAUGGUGGAGAAAAAUGAACGCCUUCAAUCAGAUCAACCAGCUGAUUUUACUGUCCAUGAGAAAAACACACUUGAAACAACGGAAGUACAAAAGAAGAGCCAGGGUGAUCGAUCUCCUGAUGGAUCAUCAAACGAGCCAACAGCUGAUCAUCUGGUUGUCGAUUUCCAAAACUCUCCUGCCAAAAACCACUUACAAUCACACGUGACAGCAGACUGCCAAGUUAAGUCCGAUCCCUCUGUGAGACCCAGCUUGGAACCAGUUGGUUUAUUCCCAAUAAUUGACUGCUCCUCAGCGAGAAAAGACUUUGAUUCUCAUAAAAACGUAAUAGAGAAAAACGCCUCAGUUCAACAUAUUACUGUCACAGAUGAACAAAAAUCGAGAUCUUCUGGUGAUCGUAUCAUCAAGGAUACACGCUCGAAUGAAGUGGGAACCCAGAGCGGUUUUGUUGCUUCUGAAGUGACUCCUGAUUUCCCACAAACACGCCAUGAAACACCUCCAAAGGACAACUGUGGUUAUAGUCAUGUCAAAGAUAUCGGCGUGGAAACUACAUCCAGUGUUGGAGAUGAGGAUGGUUGUUCCUACAAAGAAGUUCAACAUCUCAGACAGGAUUCAGAAGUAUCUGUAGACAUAAAGUUAUCUAAUAGACCGCAACACACCAACAUAAACACGAACAUGCCCGAGAGUUCCUCCAUAAAUGGUUUUGCUGUUCCUCUUGGUGGAAACGGUGAUUCAGACAACCCAGCAGGAGGUCAAACCUGUUUGGAAGCACGAAAUCUGCUCAGCUCUAUUCAGACCUGUUUAGACAACCUGUCCCAGACUUGUGUAGUCAAUAAGAAUUACAACAACUCCCAACAUGUACUGUGCAAGUUUGAUAAAGACACACAGGUUGACAGCCAACAAGACUGCGCACUGAAAGAUGAAAAAGAGAAAUCAGCCAAGCGAUCUGAACAUCAGGUUAGAGAAUAUGAAGGUUGUACAAACGGCAAAUCUGUGCAGCCUGGACUCAGAAUAUCCCAGGAAAAUGUCAUCAGUAGUAUGAGGUGCUGUGGACAAGCGAUUGGCAAUAAACAGCCUCAUUUUACUUUAAUGUCUAAAAAGGCAAGGUCCAAGAGGUUCAGAAGGUCCAAGAUCCAGACUCAUCCAGCCUCUUCCUCUGAAUCCUCGCUUAAAUCAACAGAUGAGGACGAGGAAGGCGAUAAAGACCCCAGACUGCUUUAUACUCGUGUCUCAUCCAAACUGGUGAAACUUGGACAUCAGAGCAAUGGCAAUCAUGAGAUGAGACAUGCCAGGAGUAUCAGCGAGGAUAUUUCUACCACUGUAUUGGCGAGCAAAUCCAAAACAAAGGAUUUUUCUGGUGCGAUUCCAGAUAAAAAUGACAAUUACACCCCAAAAAGACGCUCUUUACCCCCUCAAGGAUUCCCACAGAAGAUGGUUGAACAAGUCCCCACAUAUGCGCAGACACAUACACUUAAAGCUCAGGAGUCCUCUAUGCAUUUCGCCUCCAGUGACAUCAACCCUUUUGUUCACCAAUGGCAGGAAGACGACUCAAACCAGCACUACUACAAGAACCCAGCAUUUGGAAGUGCUGCUGACCUCACCUGUAAAUCCCCCCUUCUGAACAGCACCGAGAAACGAAUCACACGAUGCUGCAGUGUGGACAACGGUCUGAACGGGCAGAACUCGCCUUUCAAUUCCCACCUGAGCACCUACGCCACCAACAAGGGGCUCUCCAGCACGCUCAGCAGCAUGGAGGACUACAAGGAAGAGAAGAGCGAAACACCUCAGCCCUCUCAGCAGGAAACUUGCAGACAUCUGACCGAUCUGACGGAAAGUUCUUCUAGUAAUGACGCUCCUAGGGGUAAUGGAAACACCUCCAGCCAGGUGGAUGAAAUAAUGUUUGUUUACUCGGAGCAGGAGUCACAGGAAAGCAAAACCAGGACCCAAAGGAGGAUGUGUGAGCACGGCACCCAAACUGACGCAGUCAAAGUCUGCAACAGUGAAAGCGCUUCAAAGAGGAAGGAGCGCCACAAGAGGAGUAAAACAGACGCGCCCACAUCGAUGAAAACCAAAGUUGACAUUAAAGAAUCUCCAACGUGGGCCAGUAUGGAAAGCAUGUCUGCUCACAUCUCGAAGCUGAUCGACAGCACCUCAGACCUGCUGGAGGACGUUCAGGGAAUGAGGUCCGGAGAGACCCUCAACUCCACCCCGAGGACGAGUUUCAACCUGUCAAAUAUCACCGUGUCUCACAACGAGUCUAAAGACUGCACCAUGAGGGACUGCUCCACUCAAACAUCCAUAGAUGUUGGAAUCCAGACGGAUAUGUCCUCUGUACCAGCUGAACAGGAAACCACCGUCCAUCAAACAUCCAAUACACAAUCCAAACCUCAUGAAGUCAAUGUGAUCGUCAAAGUGAUCGGCUCUGAGCUUGUCAGUGUGUCUCAAGAGAAGAAGAAUAAGGCCGGCACAGAUGAGAAGAUGCAGAGCAUGCCCAACCUGAGGUGUAAGAGCAACAGCGCAGCACAAAUAUCCGCCUCAAAACCGGAGAAUGGACCAGCAUCCCCUCUGAAGGCUGCAGGUGAAUGUCACAGACGCGUUAAAUCUGCUUCUUCUAGACUCUCAAAGCAAAACCCGUCUGAAGCACUGGACAAGAAACGCAUCCCGACAAAAAACCAGGAGAAUCUUAGCGCCUGUGUGAGCAAUCACAUAAAACAAGCUACAUACACAGACCGGGCUUCAUCUCCGAUACAGACUGUGGCAGCAAGACUACACAUGAAGCAGAAAGGACACCAACCUUCAAAGUACCAGAAUGGGAAUAAAGGUAGUGACUCUGAAAGAGACAAUCUAACUGUGGCCUCAAGCAAAGUGUCAGGAUGCACCGCAGCGUCAGAGUUCGACAAAAUGCCCAGAUGGGAUUGUUUCGUUUCUUCAUGUAGAUCAGAAUCUUUAUCGCUGGAGAAAGUGAGUGAAAUAAGUUCCUUUAGCCCGAAAGACUCCGAUAAAUGCUCUGUAAGUCUGACUUCAUCUUUAGAUGUAUGCACAGACAGCAGCAGGAGACAUGUGAGCUAUGACGCUGACAGAUCUAAAUGGAAUUUGAUGGAAGGUUUAUCUAUGCAGGACCAAGUUUCCUCUAUAGGAAGACCAACAAAAGAGCGCAAGGUUAGACAUUCAGAAACAUCGAGCUUCACAAAACCAGCAGCUGAGUCUGAAGAUUUUUACGCUGAUUCCUACAACCCAACCCCGGCCAGCAACGAGACAGUUCCACUUCAGGAGGAUGAUUCAGUGUCACUGGCACCCAGCGAGUGCAACACGGACGUCCUCGUGAACUUUAAACCUUUCACCAGCGUCUCCACGAGUGAGGACCAACAGGCCGUUCCAGAGGACCUCCCAAUGCACAACAAGUUCUCCAACUGGUCUGGGAUCAGCCACCAGCAAUCAAAAUCCUCCAGUAAACAGGCCGUGUUCCCCUCCAAGGACAACACGAAGAGCAGGAAGAGCGCAGAGUGGACGGAGAUGGAGAGUUACGGCUCGCACGUUGAAUCCGUGGUGCAGAACGGCAGAAGGGCGAGAGAGAUCGAAAGGCUGAGGCAGGAGAGAGAGCAGGUGAUGGCGACUGUGAGCCUCAACGUGAACCCAACGCCGCUGACCGUGGAGCUCACAGAAGCCAAGCUGCAUUAUGGGCUCGGAGAGACGGAUACGCUGUUGAAGAUGCUGUCCCCGAGGUCCACAGAGAAGCCAACAGAGUCUGCACCAACAAAACAGCAGCUGUAUGACAGGUGAGGGGGUUUGUGAGCAUUUGUGUGUCAGUGUUUAAAACUACAUUUGUUUGAUACUGAAUAGUUUUUGGAGUCCAGUUCUCUCUGAGCUCCCUGAGAGUACAUAAACUUGUUUCCCUGUUUGCUUAUGGCUUCAUCCUGACCUUUUUCUUGUCUACAAACAUCCUCAGACACCGCAGAAGUAUCCAGGGUUUGAGGCAGGAGAGAGAGGAACGUCUCCAGACUUAUCGGAGAGCCCGCAGCCUGAGUCCCGGCAAACAUCUUCACUCCUCUCCACAAGAGGCUGCAUCGCCCUCCAAAGUGUCCGCGGCCGCGCCCAGUCAGCGAAAACAGCACCUGGUCGACAGCACCAGGUAAGAGUCUCGGAUGUGUUUUAGUUUAGCGCUGAAAAUGUGUGAGAAAAAAUGUGUUUGUUACUGAUCCGAAUUCAACUCACUCCCUCACUCACUUCAUGACAGAAUACCAGAGCCUCCACGUGGAGAGGGCCAGUGUCCGUCUGACAUCGAGCAGCUGCUGCGGGAUUACGGCCGAGCUCGUGAGGAGGCCAGGACAGAGAUCGCGAAGGCUCGGGAAAGACUGCGAGAGAGGACGGAGCAGGAGAAGAGGAGGCUGCAGCAGCAGGCCCUGUCUCAGGAAGUCAAGGUCAGUUUUUGAGUGUCGUACUAGAGAGCGGUGAAACAAACCUGUGUCAGGGGGGAGAGCAGGUAGUAACACCUCUGUAUUCAUGUCAGUUUGUUGAAUAAUAAUGGGAGGUACUGUCUUCUGAAAACUAAAUUUUCACUUACUGCUUAUAAAAAUAAGAAAAGAAGUUAAUCAUCAAGUUUGAUCAGAUAGUGUUUGGACAUUUUCUUCAAACAAUACACAAGUAGGGACUAGAAUAGUUAUGAUAGUCAAACUGAUAAAUUUGUCACUGUUUUGUCUCAGUAUCAGAUAUUUCUGAUAAGUAACCAGUGGCAUAAAAUACACAUUUUAUACCCAAAUUAUAUAAAAAUAAAAUUGGUUUAAACCAGGAAAUUGAUUCAGUUACUCAGUGAAUACUUAGAUUUUGUUUAUGACCAAUGUUACUAAUGGUAUAGCAAAGCUACAACAUGUAGAGAUAUACAAGACAUAGACACAAACAACAUGUUUGAUGUUAGGAAUUUAAGAUAAUAUAAGAUAUUCAUUUAUUUGUUCUACAAGGGGAAAUUCAAUAAAUACAAAAGAGAAAAGAGAAAAUUAAGAAUGAAGAAACACAGGAGUUAAAAGAUUAAAAAAAAAGAUAUAUACAUGAAUGUUAUUUACAGCUUUUAUGUACAUGUUUGAUAUAUUACACUUGGAAAAUUGGAGAAUUGGGGAUAUUUAUAUGUAUGGCUAUAUACGCAGAAUAAGCAUACAUGUGUGUAGAGAAUAUACAUGUAAACAUGCAGAGCAGGCUGAUAAAAAAUAAAACAUGACAGAAAGUCAUAAAGAGCGAGGAUCAGACUACUGAACAGGGAACUGCUGCAACAAGAGAGCUGAAAAGAGAAAUAUUUCAGGCUCACAGUUUUCAGUUUUCAGCCCACUUACUCUUGCUGAUAAAAAUAAGCGUGCCCACAUGGUCGGGUGUCAGUCAGGAGCGCAGCAGGGUCACAGUAAGUCUGGCAGCAGGAAACCUGCACUCAGAAGGCAUUAAUGCUUGUAUGCAGGAAUACCAGUGUGCUAAGUUUGCCUGUCUGUUCGUCUGUGAGAUCUCUUUGCGUUGACUUUUCUCCACAUGAGAAUUUAACCCUUAUCAAAGUUGGCGUAAAAUGUUGUGAACGUCCUGAACCUCCGUGUCUGUGAGUACGCCCUCAGUGGUGGCAGCUGAGCCUUUAGUCUGUUGGUUCACACUGAAAUAUUUUUAAUAUAUAUCUAAUCUAAGACCCACAUGUUGUUGAUCUCUAUCUCAAAAAUUCCAGCAGUGUUUUAAAAAUCAGUGACUCAGUUACCCGCUAACAUCCCGAGUUUAGACAGAUGAGUUUGAGGAGUUUUAAACAAAUAAAUUCACUGAAUAACCUUUAUCCUUCUGUCACCACAGGAUGACUUAAGGCAUCGGACAAGGGUCAGUAACAGCACCUUGUGCACAGGAUCCAGCCUGAGCCUCUCCUCUGGACCAACUUCAGGUUACAACAGCGGCAACACAACCCAGCUACAGCAAGGCAACAGAGCUCUCCUAAACGGACAGGUGUGGACAAAUACUCUUACAUAUGUAAUGUUUUCUAUAUUAUUUUACAUUUAUCUUAAAAGGGCUGUAAGAUUAACCUUAGUAUGCGGAUAGUUCAUCUGGUUUUGUGUGUCGAACUGUCUUUGUCACUAAGCAACACAAACGAUUGUUUUAUUUUUGUCACUGGUUGGCUCAGGUCCCAGGAUUUCAGGAAGAAGGGCUGAAGGUCAGGACACGUCCUCCUAUAUGUGGUCCUCAAAGCGUGAAGACACAGAGAGUCUGGCUAUCUGCCCACGGUAAGAACUGGACCGUGACUCACUGAAGUUAGACUUGGGCUUCUCUAUAAAGUUGAACUCUUGAAACACAAAGAAACUUUGGAAUAUUUUUAAUUUAGAAACUAAUUAAAACUAUAAAAAAAGUUUCCCUAAAGUUCUCUCAUGUCUGUCGCUCUACAUUCUCUGCAUUGUAAACAUACCCAUGUGUGUUGUGCCAGAUGUCCGCCUUGAGCCUCCUGUCACCAGUUUUGAGCCCCUGCUGACUUCGACUCCAUCACCAACUACUCGUCCUCGUCAACGCACUGCCUCCUUUGGCUCCUCCUCUUCCAUAUCUACAACCUAUCAGGACAUCACAUCCAGUCUCCUCGGUCGAGCUCUGGCUGAGGUAACGGCGUAUAACCUGGUUCAAACUGUUAAAAACUGACUCGAUAUUUUUUAUGGUACCAGUUCACCAGAAACAUCCAGCUAUUUUUGAUGCUGUUAUUAUUUAAUAUUUAAUAAUCGUCCCUCUCUUCUUCUCCUUUGGACAUUUUAUUCUGGCUGAAAUCUCUAUUUCUUUCUCCUCAGGUGCGCCUGGCGUCCUCCGGGGAUUUGAAUAACUUGUUGACAGGCAAGGCCACAGCAGGCUGGAGGUCAGUUUUUCUAAUUUAUAAAUGCCUCCGAAAACACCUUCAGGUCAAUUUCUUAGUAUUACAAGGAUUUUUCUUUCUUUGCUUUUCGAUGAGAUUGAUCAUCUGCAUAGCAGAGUCUUAAUUCAGUCCCUAAAACCACAGACAUCCUCCAUUUGCUCAUGUAUUUCAACUGUGUUUGUUCAGAUAUCAGGGAGAAGAACGAGCCAUCCAGGCUUACUACAAGCCCUCCUCCAGCCUGUCUGUCCAUGCUUUUCUGGGGGCCGGGGAGCUGAACAGACCCCUGGACAGUCUGUGGAACGUAAUCUGCCAGCUGUCCAAGAGCCACAUGUACAAUCAGUCGGUCCGUUCAGUCUGGACACGACCACUAGAUGACAGCACUCAGCUGGGUGAGCUCUCAUGUCUGCUUAGUUCUCAUCUUCAUGUCCUUUCUAUACAUUAACAUACCAACAGUUGAAUGCAACAUCGUCAGCUCAGUCAACAGCUGUGAGGAUGACGAACAAUACUUUUACUUUUGCACCUCUUUAUAAAAGAUAUUUUUACUUUUGUCCGUGCUGCAAAACUUUUUAUAUUUCUGCAAGCUGUUCAUGAGCCCUCGAAAUGCGUCUGCGUCAAAUGAUGUGUCAGCUUCAUUAGCUAUGUAUAGAACAGGGAGGUUCACAGACCCAUACAUCACUGCUUUGUGAGACCAGUUUGUUGCAUGAUCAACUCCAGUCUCACACCUGCAGCAAGUUGCUGAGUGUUAGAACCUCGACAACGUCACUGAGAGCCUUUUACCUCAUCUGUGACGAAAAGUCGUAUUUUAUCCAGAUUUGUCUGAGCGCUGAAAGAAGAGUUUGUUUGUCUCUUUUUCUAAGAUUUUGAAUUGCUAAAACUGCGAAAACUUAUAACAAUGAACAGUUUUUGUGCAACCAUGAAGCUCUUUCAAGAACCGCCUGUUUUCGAUAUUCCAGGAACACAUUUGUAGCUUUAUUUUUAGUCGACAGCGAAAGCGUUAAAAGUGCGUCAUGAACCAUUUUCUCAUCCGUCAUGCUCUCCUUGUAUCUACCUUUUUAGUGUACAUACUAACUGAUCCGUCCACCUGCCACCUCAGCCAGCCUCGGGACUUCUGCUGCAUCAGCACCGCGUCCAAACAGGUGAGCACAGCUGCAUGAACAACCACAGUAACGCCUAAGCUUUGAGAGUUUCCUCUCAGUUUCUCAUGAAUAUGGCAAGUGUGUCCUUUGUCAUUGAUUUAUGAUAAACAUUAUAAUGUGGUGUUUCUUAUCUACAGCAUCCAGAACCGGCUGUGUAUACAGGACUCAUAGAAAUAACACUGAAUGUAAACAACAGUGACCCAGAGGCCGUGUGUGCUUCAGCGAACGGUUGCCUCUCGGCUGAUGAAAAAACAUCAGCGCUGCCUUCUUUAUUUAUGAUUUUCUUCUUUGCUUUCUGCCUCAGGGUGGCCGCUACGUGCUGGCAAUGCAGUCUGUGUUCGAAGAGUCUCUGCCACGUCCGAGUGUGGACGCUGUCAGAGGGGAGAUGAUGCCCAGUUGUUGGAUCCUGCAGCCAGUCAGAUGUAAUGGACAGGAAGUCACAAGGGUCAUCUACCUGCUACAGGUGCGAUACGGUUGCUCUGGAGUUGCUCUGACAACCUCCAGUAUUAACCAGCAGUGACGAUCAAUGAAGGAUUUCUCUUUUUUGUUGAUCCCUUAAAAAAAAUAGCCCCCCUGAUUGAUGUGGACUUGUGAAAACACUGAAAAUAAAAAUACAGAUUUUCAGGGAAAUACAAACUUAACAGACUGCUCCUGGUUCUGUCCAGCCGGUACAGUUUGGAUGUAAGAGAGGAUAACUCAAACCCAGUGACAUAAUCUCGUCACUAUCAAUCACACCCUUUUUGAAUAUUGCAGUCAUGGUUCUCAUGCUGAUUUCAGAAAUGAGACAUUAAUGAAUAUUUUUAAGGUCUGUCUACACUACUAAACUUGUUUGUGUAAAAGUAAGUUUUAUUCUAAACAAAGGUCAGAUUGUUGUAGAUACAUGUAUGAAUAAAUGGAUCAGCUCUGGAUUUUCUGUCAGUUUUUGGAACCAGCCAUAAUGAUCCUCAAGUUCUUUAAAGAAUCACCAUCAUUUUAAUGCAUUUUUAAAGACUUCAUUUAGAGGAUUUUCAAAAGCGGUCUAAAAGUAAAAUCCUUUAUAAAUCAGUCUAUCCCGUGAAGAUAAUGGUUUCCAGGCAGUGAUGUAUCAUUUUGUUCUUUUCCAGGUGGACCUUGGAACUCCGUCUUUUCCUCCCCGACUUUUAAACACUGUGGCCAGAAGACAAGCCGCUGUCAUCGCCGACCUUGACGUCUUCCUCUCGUCUUAAAUCCCCGGGAUGAAGACAUAUUAGCAGUGAGCACUUGGACUUAACUGUCCCCAGCAGGGAGUUAGUCUGUCUUUAACUUUUUGCACCUGAAAACUAUUUACUUGACUUUUAUUUUUAUUAUUCUAAGAGCACUGUUACAUUGACUCCAAGUUUUAAAGUUGAAGCAGCUUUUUUUUUUCUAUGAAGGUAUUUUUUUAAUAAAUGUUGAAACUGUAUUUUUAUAUUUGUAAUGUAGAUUAUCGCUUGUAACAAUCAGACUUGUUUUUGUUUUUGUUUUUUUUACCAAAGAUUGUUGUCGACUCUGAAGGACCAACCUGAAAAGACAAAAUAAGCUUGAUGAUUAAAAAUCCAGGGCAGCAAUUCCCACAGCUAAUUCAUUUAACUGCUUAAUUGCAGGUUAGUUUUUUACAUUAUCUUCUGAUAACUAUCAGCAAUGGAGCUCUUUUAAAAGCCUUAAUACUUUGACACAAUGUAGUUUUUAAUCUGUUUUGUUUUUUCUACCACAAUGAAACACAGUUCAAUAUGUAAGAGUUUUCACGCCAGAGAAUUUUUAAAUAGAAAUGAUAAAGUUACACUUAUUUAGAGCUACUGUGAGGGAUUCAAACAGGCUAAAUUCACAUUGACGCCUCUUUAUGACCUUAAAAAGCAAAUAACCUAAACGAAAGUUCUUCCCAGGAGCUUUAAUAUUAUUCCCUUCCCAAACCUUUCUACUUGAAAAGACUGUAAUGAAUUGUAAAUACACCCAUUAAUAUUUGAUAAACAUUCAAAAGACGUUUGUACUUUUAUGCAAAAUCUUUAAAGCUAAGAACUAGAAACUUUUUUUUGUCUCAUCAGGCACUGCGUCUUUUAAUCACUUAAAAAAAAGACUCUCAGUCUGCAGGACAUGAGUUAGAGAUGAUGCUGUGUCAGAGUGUUUGGAGAAAGGGAGCAUCAAAAAGUUAAGAAAAAUGAAAGGGGGAAGAGUUUGACACUUUGUGGGAGUGUGUCUGAUCAGUCCUGCGUGUUCAGUUUCCAUUUCAGGUAUCGUCAGUAAAACAAUAACAUUAAAAACACUGUUUAAAAUCAUUUUUAAAAAAGGACAAAAGGGAAUGCCUUACCUUUUAUUAAGUAGCUUACUAGUCUUAAUCCCCCACUCCCCCUAAGCUAUAUGUUUAAUAUUCAGGUGCUGUAUUAAAGGAAAUGAAGGAAAAUUACAGAGUUGUGUCUGUUCAGGUGGAUUUAAACACCACUCAGCAGCACUUUGCAGAAAAGCUGUUAUUUUUUUCGCAUUACAGAGAGGUGGUGGGUUAAAAAGUCAAGAAGUGUUGAAGUCACAAAGUCACAGGAUGAGUAGUGUUCAACCAAAGGUCUCUUAUUGAAGUCCUUUUCACUGCAGCUGACCCUGACCUCCCUUUCUAUUUCACUGUAAAGCCACAGAAAGAGAAAAAGACUAAAUAUGUCACCCCAGGAGUGCAGAAGAUGAAUUCUAAGGCCUUAAGUUCUCACCAGUUUCUGAAGUCCUAUUUAUUUUGUUCUUGUUGCAUUGUGUUUAAAAUGCUGUUCUUUGUGUUUUAUAAGCAAAGCUUGGUGCUGAGUUGCACAAAAUAUUGAUGCAUUCAUUCAUGUUAUGUUCUGAGAAGUGCUUUUAUAUUUUUACUUUGUACACUGUUGACACUAUGCAGAAGCUGAGUCAAAGGCGGGACAGCAGCUAUCACAGCCAGGUCAGCUAUACACGGAUAUGAAGCCAUAUUAUUUACAAACGUUGAAGGUUCAGGACUGUUUUAGUUCUGCAGCUGCAGCACUCGGUUUAUGACUUAAGACUUUCCCCCAGGUAACCAAAGACAAAAAUACUGAAGAGAGAGUGAAGGAAGACCACUUUUUGUACUGAUUUUUAAUGUCUUUCUACAUAUAUUUGAAGUGCUCAUUUUAUUGUGUAAAAAAAGACGCCAUGUUAUUUAUGUUUGAUGAUGAGUUGUAAAUGUAUUUUAUUAUAAACACAAAGCUUUCACUUGCUAA